CACAGGUUCAGAGAUGGCAAAGCACAUGCAAUGCAUUAUAUUACAAUGCUUAUUUUAUUUCCCCCCGGAGUAGAAAGUGAGGUUUGUUAAUCUCGGAAAACCUCAAAGCCAAGAGGCCUUGUGCAGCUGCAGAUAGCAAAGCCAGUAGGAUUGCCACAGGGCCCUCUUUCUUGCAAGCUGAAGAAAAGUAUGCAAAUCAAAGGGACAAACAAGUUUCCUCACACGGAAAUGCUUGUCGGCAGGAAGCAGCAAAUUUUGAGCGGCUGCGGGCUCUGGCAGACCAGCAAGGCUCUGCAAAGUAUGCAGAACCCAUGGGGCCAUCUCCCAGAGCCUGUGGCUUUUGAGUCGUCCGGGGACUUGGGCUGGGAUUCACCCCUGCGUUUCCUGCUGAGGACUUGACCAUGGCGGACCCUGAACCCGCUGGUAGGUGAAGCAAUCUUCUGAUCUAUUUCAGCAAAAAGGAUGAAGCUCAUUCUUAGUGCACUGUCAGGAGGCAGGUCCUGGGGCUUCUAAUCUGGGGCUGCACUGAAGGUGUGGUUGUGCACUUGCUGGAAAAUUCUCACUGUUAUUUGGGGCCGGAUCUCUGAGAGUAAAGCUGGAGUGGAUGAGACCAGCAGUUUAUUCAGGGCCAGGGGAUCAACGAUUUUGUUCGGAACCGAAGACAGCACAAAAGAGACCAUGUGUAUAUACACACUCUGGCAGCUGCCCUCUGCAGUUAACAGUUCCCUCCACCCCAAAUGUGGGGAGUAACAGCCUGCAAAACCUGUUUGACCAGAGACAACCAUGAGGCAAAAGGGACAAAGAGGUACUGCAAUGGGCAACACCACCUCUGCUGUGCAAAUACAGCCCCUGUGGGUCUCUACCCAAGGUCAGUAUGCAGUUCUUGGUUGUGGCUGGUGCAAAAAAGAGGAAACUAAAUUAAACUAGGCAGAUUGAGUAUAGCAGUGUUCAUUUCAGAAGUACUUAGAAAGCAGGAGCAGUUAUUAAUUGCUUCAGAAACCAUUAUUAUAUUCUUAUUGUAUUCUCAGUUGGGAAGAGGGCUCAAAAGGUAGUUGGUGUUAUAUAUUUGUAUAUAUUAUAUAUUUGUUACUUGAAAACUUAUUUUAAAAGGCUGACCCUUAAGUUAUAUCUCUGAAACUGAAGGCAUGUGCACACAGCACUAGGUACACUAAUUGGAACCCUAAUCCUGAAACUUAAAAAAGCAACUUUUAAAACUAAUGCUUUUAAAGUUUUGUAGCAGAAAUGUCAGAUUUGAAAUUCUAUAUGUACACACACACGUGAAAUUUUAGAAAACUUUCCUCCCCAUAUUUGUUUCAGCUGUUGCACUAGAUGUUUGAGUGGAAAUUAUUCAGGCCAUCUGAGGAGCCCUUGCAGGAUGGUCCAUCUCCUGCCAGCCAUGCUCAGGGCUGUGAUCAGCACAGAUUUCCAUUUCCUGGCUGUUUUUGCCUAACUGCCCUUCUGUACGUACACACCUACACAUUGGACACAAAAUCACAGAGCAUCUUAGAGCUGGGAAGGAUAUAGAGGUCAGGUGACCUGACUCCCUGACUUGGUCUCACAUGCACCAUAUUCAUCUUCCAGCAAUCCUCAGAUACAGGAACCUUACCCCAUAGAUCACAGUGUUGUGUUACAAGCAGAGCCCAGGGCUAAUAGUUUCUAAACCCCAGAGUCUGCUACAAUAGUCAUAAGAAGAGCUGGCUGCAUUAGGCCAGUGGCCAGUCAAGGCCCGCCUCCAGUGGCCAACCAGAUGCCUAUGGGAAGCCCGUCAGCAGGAGCUGAGCAGGAGCAGCCCUCUCUCCCUCUUAGCUGUUUCCAGCAACCUGCGCUCAGAGGCCUCUUACCUCCCACAGGGGAGGGAGAACACAGCCACCCAGGUUAGGAGUUACUGAAACACAUUAUCUCAGUGAAUUUCCCUAAUCCUUUGUAAAAGCCGCCAUUGCCUCUUUUGGAAGGGAAUUACACAGUCUCACAGAGAAAAGCCACAAGGCAUUUUCAAGACUGGAUGGGUGUGGUUCUCCUAAGCACUCUUAGGGGUUCAUGUUCCUAUGUGCCUCUGAUUCACUGUUUCAGCUUGCGCUACAGCCCCCAUGUAUGACCUAAGUGAAUGGUUCAUAUCCCAUAUCAGGCCUCUAUUUCAUUCUGUCGGACAGUGAGGACAAGGCUCUGUAGGCACUGGCUCUCUUUUUCCAUGGUGGAUGUUUUUACAGCUCAUUUGUGCUCAGCAAGAAGGCAGAAGUUCCACUUCCCUUUGUGCUCCUCUUACCUCAUUUCACAGAAAGUGUCAAAUAGUAAAACAAAAAACAAAAAAACAACUCAGCAUCUUUCCCUGCCUCAAUUAGAACAUUAUUUCCGGUCCUGGGCCUGGCACACACAGAAUAGAUGUCGACACUGCUUAACAAGCAAGCAUUUGGAGAACAGUGGGAGGAUCUGUUCCCCAUGUAUACAAAAUUCCCACACCGGACAAGACAUGUACAUGCAAAGGAAUGUGGGAAUCCAUGCGUUUCUGCAUUAAUUUCUGGGCAGAAGUUAGAGGCACCAUUUAAGAAUGAGAGGGGUAUGUUUCAGGAUCCUGUCCGGCCAGUUCUGCAGUUCUACACACUGAUUUACAAAGUUACCAGGUUUCAUAAAAACAAGAUAUUGAGGAAGGAAUUCAGCGUUGCACUAAGGCCAUUAUUCCAUUAGGACAAGCAUCUGGGCUUGACAGAUGGAACAAUUCCCCCCUCUCCUCCUCCAGUGCACUUUUUGGGGUUCUCCCAACCCCUUCAGAGCCAAUUUCAUGGUUCAAGGGGAGGAGCAGGAAGGCCACUGUACAUGCAAGAGCCAAUUCCGUGGCUGCGCCUCAUUAAUUAAAUCCCACCCUAAGAUUAAUGGGGCAGAGCCUUAGAAAUAAGGGGUGGGCCUUGGUAGCGUAGGGACAGAACCUGGUCACAGACCACAGAUUUUGCCUGGGAGCAUUGGGAACAGAGCCUAACUGUGUCCAGUAGUUUCUGGGAAAAGCCUCAUGGCCACAAGUGGCUCUAAUAGCAAAAAUACUCAAGCCAAACAGAAAAUAGCCUAUCCACUGGUUUCUGUCUUCAUGCUAUAGGCACUUCCGGACAGUAACUGUUUUCAGGUGAAAUUCUGUCACAGAAUUCAAGUUGUGCAAUUAAUGUUGGCUUAGAGGUCUCAAACAACAAAGUUGCUUCUGCAAAAGAUCAGACUUUUAUAAUAAGGAAAAUGCACGGGAAAGUGUUGGAUGACACUUGCUUUGACACAACAUCAUUUAACUUCCCUGCAAAUAAUCUGGAAUUAAUGCUCAGUCAACAGCCAUUGUUAUCUAAGUUCUCUACAAACAAAUCAGGGUGAAUGUUCAACACAGAGAUUGUCUGGAACCACCACUAUUUUCUCACUCGGAGAGCUAAACUUCAUCCCCUGGAGAUCUUGAGAUGAGUUGUUAGACUUUGGCACCUGGAGACUUAUGAGUGACUAGAAUUAUAAGCAAUUAAAUGAGCCUGUGUAGUAGUCACCAGGUAUGCCCAAGGUAUUCGUGUUUGCUUUAGGAAAAGGGCAACUUCUUGACUCUUGCUAGUAACACUGCUGUAGUAAUUACAGAUUGUAAAAAAGUGAAACUCCCCAGGAAAAUAUGCCAGGCCUACUCCACUAUGAUAUAUAGGUGAUCAUAGGAUGUUUUUAUUCCACCAGGCAUUCAGCAAACUGAUUUCACAUGAGAUAAGUUGUUGCUAUGGUAUUGUGUAUUUUUACUUUAUGCAGUGCUGUUCUGCAGACAAGUAAGGUGUACAAAAAUGUAUAUUCUGGGGUAAAGUGUGCAUAUAAAUGCAUUGUUUGUUGUUUAGUCAUUUAGUCAUGUCUGACUCUUCAUGACCCCAUGGACCAGAGCACGCCAGGCACUUCUGUCUUCCACUGCCUCCCGCAGUUUGGUCAAACUCAUGCUGGUCGCUUUGAGAACACUAUCACACCAUCUCGUCCUCUGUCGUCCCCUUCUCCUUGUGCCCUCAAUCUUUCCCAACAUCCGGGUCUUUUCCAGGGAGUCUUCUCUUCUCAUGAGGUGGCCAAAGUAUUGGAGCCUCAGCUUCAGGAUCUGUCCUUCCAGUGAGCCCUCAGGGCUGAUUUCCUGCAGAAUGGAUAGGUUUGAUCUUCUUGCAGACCAUGGGACUCUCAAGAGUCUCCUCCAGCACCAUAAUUCAAAAGCAUCAAUUCUUUGGCGAUCAGCCUUCUUUAUGGUCCAGCUCUCACUUCCAUACAUCACUACUGGGAAAACCAUAGCUUUAACUAUACAGGAUAUAAAUGCAUAUAUUAGUGAAAAUAGCAUGUAAUGCAAUAUAUAAGGAGAAACUAUGUUGCAAAAAAUGUGUAUAUUAGGAAAUAGCACUAAAAUGUAAUUAAUCUUCAUGAGGGACUUGUUUUUUUUAUAAGAAAAUUGCAAAUGUGGAAUGUGAAGAACCGAACUAAGACAGAAAAAAUGAGAAAUGAACUAGAAUUGACAGAUUUGUCCAUCCCUAGAUACGGGCAAGGCACGCUUAUUAUAUUUAUAUAAUAAGACAUUUAGGCUAAAUUUUAGGAAGAGUUCUUGAGUUAUAGAGUUCCUUAAUAUUAAGAUAGAUAUCAGUGUUAUAAAAUACAUUCAUGACUGUGCAUAUUCUAGGCUUCUGAACACAUAUUGUACAGAUGUAAAAAUUGGUAUUAAGUACAAUAUUCUGCAUACUGUCUGUUCAGCUUCCAUUUUAAAAAACCAAGUGGUUGCAAAAAUAGUCUUGAACGUGUGAGCACUACCAGGUGAAAUUGUCAGUGUGUGUUUUGGGAAAGAUUUCCAGUGCUGAGUGAACAGAGUUUCAGUGCCCUGCAAAGAUUUCUGUGGACAAAGCAAAAUAAAUUAGGCAAAUACAUGCAAUUUUUAUAAGAGCUGUUGAUUUCAACUUGACACAGAUUUUUUAAAAUAAACUUGGUACAUGCCAACUUAAAGCACAGAGUACAUAUAGCCCUGCAUAGCCUGACAGUGCAAAGUUUGGUCUUCCUACAACUUUUAUAUGAUUCAGUGUCUACUACUCAGAGAGAUGGUUAUAUCAGUCAAAUGGCACAUGUCAAAUAUUGAUAUAAAGCAAAUCCAACCAUGGGUGUCUUUGGGAUCUCUCCUUAGUAGACUUGCUUUGACUUCCACGAAGGGAGGAAUAUCAAAAUUAAAUAUGAGGGGGUGGGGGGAGAAGCUGUAGAAGUCUUGUGGAGUGUGGACCCUGUAAGAAGGGCACACAUUGGUUUCACUCUUCUAGCAGACAGUGUGGUCCUUGUAAGCACUGAUGUGGUCGGUUUCACAGCACUCUAAUGGCUCGUUGACAGUACUGGCUAUAGUGACUCUCUGGCAGGCAAGCUUAGGGCUCAUCCACACGUCUUUUUGUGGCAUGGUUCUAAGCACAGGUCUGGGCAGUAUUGUUAUUGGAUUUGGGGUUUUCUGGGAUCAGUGUUUUCCCCAGGAAAACCCUCAUUUUACCAUUGAAUCAGAACAAAUGGCAAUCAGGUUUUCUGCACAUUACUGUUUGCUCUGAUUUAGCAAAAAAAUGCAGGUUUUCCCAGGGAAAGCGCUGGGACAACCCCCCCCCCCCUUCAGACCUGGACCUGGAAAGCCCAGACCUGUGCCUAGAAAGCAUGAAGCCAAGGUAAGUGUGAACCAGCCUAUAGCUACUCCCUGUGUUUUGGACGGGAAGUGCUAUAAGACAUGGACUCUCACUGGACAGUGCUGAAGUCAUCACCCCCAGGCACGUCCAUCACAAAUCCCUACUCUACUUUAGCUGUGCCCAUGAGCAUAGUCAAACGCACAGGGGGCAGCUGCCCCUCCAAUCAAGUAAGUAAAUAAAAAUACUUAACUAACUGACCAAUCACGUCUCCAAUAGCUUGGAUCUGCAGAAAUCCUGGCUGCACCCAUGACUGUGCCCUUCAUUUCAGCCACUGUCUGAAAUGUGGCAGGCAAUUACUAGGUCCAGGGCCUUCUCCGUAGUGGCAUCCUCCUUCUGGAGACUCUACCCAGAGAGAAUCACCUGGAGAGCUGGCAUUUUAUUGCUGUCACUGCACUGUGAGAGGGUUAAAGACUAAUUUUAGCAUAACUGUUUUUAGUGGAAUUGUGCCUAUUUUAUGUAUCCCAGACAGCUGGUUUGCUAUAUUCUAUGGUCUUGUUACAUUGCUCCAUUUUCUAGGGUCCUCUUCUGAUGGGGGUUCUGUAUGAAUUGUUUUUCUUUUAAAUGGAUUGCAAGCCACUUGGAGAACCCAUUAAACUAGGAAUGUAGGAUACACCUAUUAGAACAAACAGUCUGUACCUCCCAGUCCAUCUAGUCAAGCCAUUUUGAAUGCCCAAAAUUUGCACACACAGAUAUUUGGAUGUUGGGAGGAGGUUACACUGUUCUGCUACAAGAGUUCAAGCAGAUGUCUCCAGAAAUGAAAACCAAGGGUCACUUCCCGGACUAUCCUUAGCAACCAAUCUUCCCCAUUAACCAUCACGUCCCCCAGCACUAGCAAGGUGAACCCCACACUCCACUUCGUUAUGCAGAGCUAGGAUUAUUGCUGCAGAUGUACAGAGCCGGCUACAGCAUUGCAUAUCAUGCCCCAAAGGGCAAAAGUUAACUUCCUAGGCGUGCCUUCACGUUGACAACAGUAUCAACAGCACAGAGGGGUUUGUGCUGUUUGGAGACACCGAGAAUUCUCAGAUUGCAGAGAUGGUUGGAUUCUGCUGCACUUAGCAUGCAUGCUGUCCACAAAGACAGGCCAGCAAAGCCUCUUCCUCCAACCCGUGCAAUUUCUGUGGUCGGCCAAGGUGUGUCAGCCAAUACUGUCAGGACGAAACUAAACUCAAGUCUUUGUCUUUUCCCUAUUGGCUGCCUUCCCAUUAAAAUUCACCUGGGCAAUCUGCGUAGUUCAGUAGUGAGGCAAGCAAGAAGGUGCAAGACCCAGCUGAGUUAAAAUGAUUUGGAGCAACAUUGCUGGCUCUUUUCGUUUUCAUUUGUGCCUGACAAACAAGCCUUUCCUCCCAUCGCUUGCUGCUUAGUGAAGCAACCCACUGAGUUUAAGGCAACCACAUCCUGUUUCUGGAGGAGGGGGAAGGAGAGCAGAGAGAUUUUGCUCUGUUUAUGGUAUGAAGAAGCACACGCCUUGUUUUAAAGGUUUGGCAAAGGGUUUUGACCCAGAGUUAGGCCAUCUUUACACAUGCUGCAUCCUGAUAUCCAGGUUUAUUAUGAGCAUAUAGGGUGUUUUCUUUUUAAAUUGUUGCUUGGUGGUUUCCACGGGGAAGCAUUCUAAAAUGGCCUCUUCCCCUGGCAGUCUGAAGUGCUCAAGUCUAGAUUCCACCACUUCAAGUCCCCCACCUGAGUCUUCUGCACAAGCAGUCAGGCCAGGCCAUGUGUUUGUUUCAGGAAACAGAAUUGGACGUUAGUGAGACUCUAGGGAGAAGCCUAGGGGGGGGGGCACAGGUUUGUGCCGCCAAUGCAUGCUCCUCUCUGCUUGCUGCUUCACCCUUGGCACACCCCAUCAUUAUGAUGAGGCGGCUGGUGCACUGUGCCCACGGGGGCGCAAGGGGGAACAGACGCCCAGCAGUGUCCUGAGGAGUUUGGCAGCCCCUUUUCCCGCCUUCCCUGUGUUGCUCAGCACAUCCGCUGUGCCCCACAGGCCAUGAGGAGGCUUCUGGAGUGUGGUGCUGCAGCCAUGGGUGAGGGCUGUGGGGCCAAUAAGGGCCCUGAGGGACCCCCAGCGUGCCUGGUCUGCUGCUGCACCAUGACUGGAUACACUUGUCUUUCAGUGACUUUGUGGUAAAGCCAGGGCUGGCCCACCCAUGAGGCAAGGUGAGGCAACCAGCUCAGGCGGCAGGAUCCACGGGGGCAGCAGAUCCUGAUGUUGAUCUUUCUUUCCCCCUGGUUCCUGAUAUUCCCUCACCCCUUCUUCCUUGUUGGGGAGGGCAUUCGCCCAGGUGCCAAAAUGUCUUGGGGUGGCCCUGAUAAAGCCUCUCACAGGGAUUGGCUGGGCAGCACUGAUGUCAUAAUGUGGUUGGGUUGCACCAAUGAUGGCUGCAACCCUACUGAACUAUUUUUGCCCUCUUCUGUCCAAUUUUAAAUAGCACCUUUGAGCAGGAAAGGAGGCGGCAACAGACCAAAAUUAGUAGGAAAGUAAAGCAAGUUUUUCCCUAGAAGAAUAAGCAGAAAAAGGAAAGGUCGGAAGAGAGUUUAUAGUACUACAAACCAAUAUAGACUUUAGGCCAGCUGAACAGUUAUGGAUAAGAAUCUUGGGUAUUGUAACCUUGAGUGAAAUGCUGAGAAUCCUCAGCCACCCAUCAAAGAGUUCCCCCAGAAGUAGGAUUGCCAUAUUUAAAAAAGUAAAAACCAUGACACACUGAAAGUUGUUGGGCUUUUUUUUUUUUAAAAAAGUAAAAGCUACAAGAAAAUUUGAGGUUUUGGAGCUUUUAAAGGCAAUUUUGGCACAAUUUAACCCCCGUUGCAAGUGGAGAGCCAAGGGGUGAAAUUCUGCAGAGCAGCAAUGGUCCAUCAGUGCAAGUAUUUCUCCUUGUGCUACAUAAUGUCCUGCCCCUCUUCUCACCACUGUGUGCCUCCCAAAACUGGAAUUCUCUCAACCCUUUGAAGCAGAGUUGGUGAUGGCAUGGGGCAUGCGUGGAGAACACAUUUAAUGUUCUGGCUUAAGCAGGUUUCCAUUGUGAAUAUCCUAGCAGGAAUCCAGCUGAAAAUAGUGCAGAGUAAUGCAAUGCACUUUAUUCCAUGCUACCCUGAUACCAACCAAUCAGCUACUGGUGCCUGUCAUGUCACUUCCCAAGCAGCCCCUGAUUCCAAUGGCCAUGGGUAGGACUGCCUCUCUUUGGCAUCAGAAGCUCUGGUACCAGCAGGGAGCACAUCCUUGCUUCCUUCCAGUGGUGGCCAGACCACUUACCAGGAAGGAGAGGAGCAAGGUGUCAGGGAGAUUGGCAUAUUGUGGGCACAUGGGAGGGAGUGCCAAGUUGAGCCUGCCCAUUUGCCUGCACCAAGCCGGCUUCCCUCCCACCUUGUCCUCUCCCUCUCAGAAAGCAGCAGUGGCACUGCAACCUGAAAGCUGGCAGUGCAGCUUCCCUCCACAGGCAAGUUGUUCCUGCCCCCUGAAUUUUGUCAAGUCUAGAAGUGGAGCUCAGUGAUUUUUGCUGAGUCCCAGCUGUCUAUCAAUCUCACCAGGACCGUUAUAAAAAUAGUGGAGCACUGGCUGGGGAAAUAUCAUCCUUGCCCCCGUUUUUCUGGCAACUGGUGUGAAAUAGGUAAAUAAAAAAUAAGGUCAGUUUUCUUGGGUGGAUCCUGUUUAACAGGACUCCUGGAAUUAGUCUGGAUUCAGGCCCACACCACAGAGACAAUUUGUUCCCCACGUCCCAUGGAGCUCUCUCCACUGCAAUGACUGUUGUGUUGUCCUCAGAGAGAACACUGGCCCAAGUUCAAUCCCAAACAUCUCCAGGAAGGGCAGGGAAUGUCUUAAGGGCUUGUCCACACUUCCGCUUCUCCUGUGCCUUGGAAGCACAGGUCUGAGCCAUUUCCCCCUUUCCCCUCACCUUUCCCAGGGAAACCCACUCUUUAGCUCUAAAUCAGAACAAAUGGCAAUCCACAGAAAUCCCAAUUGUUGUUUGCUCCGAUUGAGCACUAGAGAGUAGUUUUCCCUGGGGGGAAGUGUGGGGAAGACCUGAAAUUCUGUUAGGCCACUGCCAGUCAGGGCUUUUCCACACUUACCUUGUGCCCCACUCUUUCCAGGCACAGGUCUGCACUUUAAAGCUCCAUGUCCAAGUGCCCCAUUUUUUGCUCCAGAGUUUUCCCUGAGAAAAGCAGCUCUUUAAAGCUGACUCAGAGCAAACAACAAUUUGUAGAGUGCCAUUUGCUCUGACUGAGCUUUAAAGCUCCUUGAACACAAUGUGCCUUGCUUUUCUGUGCCUUGCUUUUCUGUGAAGAUACUUUUCUUUCUCCUCCUGUAAAUAUCCUUCCAACACAACAGCACUGAUUUCUCUUGCCCUUUAUAGAAUCAUAGACUCAUAGAGUUGGAAGAGACCACAAGGGCCAUCGAGUCCAACCCCCUGCCAAGCAGGAAACACCAUCAGAGCACUCCUGACAUAUGGUUGUCAAGCCUCUGCUUAAAGACCUCCAAAGAAGGAGACUCCACCACAUAUCAUCACUCAGAGGGGUCACUCAGAGGAGAAGAUGGUGAAAUGCAAACAGGGGACACAGAAAGGGCUGAACUCCUCAAUGCCUUCUUUGCCUCAGUCUUCUCCGAUAAAGAAAACAAUGCCCAACCUGAAGAAUUUGGAGCAAAUGAUUCAGCAAAGGAAACACAGCCCAGAAUAACUAAGGAGAUAGUACAAGAAUACUUGGCUAGUUUAGAUGUAUUCAAGUCUCCAGGGCCAGAUGAAUUGCAUCCAAGAGUAUUAAAAGAACUGGCAGAUGUGAUCUCAGAACCACUGGCAGUCAUCUUUGAGAAUUCCUGGAGAACAGGUGAAGUCCCGGCAGACUGGAGGAGGGCAAAUGUUGUCCCUAUUUUCAAAAAGGGGAAAAGAGAGGACCCAAAUAAUUACCGCCCAGUCAGUCUGACAUCAAUACCAGGGAAGAUUCUGGAGCAGAUCAUUAAGCAAACAGUCUGUGAGCAUCUAGAAAGGAAUGCUGUGAUCACCAAUAGUCAGCAUGGAUUUCUGAAAAAUAAGUCAUGUCAGACUAACCUGAUCUCAUUUUUUGACAGAAUUACAAGCCUGGUAGAUGAAGGGAACGCAGUGGAUGUAGCCUACCUUGAUUUCAGCAAGGCAUUUGACAAGGUGCCCCGUGAUAUUCUUGUAAAGAAGCUGGUAAAAUGCGGUCUUGACUAUGUUACCACUCAGUGGAUUUGUAACUGGCUGACUGACCGAACCCAAAGGGUGCUCAUCAAUGGUUCCUCUUCAUCCUGGAGAAGAGUGACUAGUGGGGUGCCACAGGGUUCUGUCUUGGGCCCGGUCUUAUUCAACAUCUUUAUCAACGACUUGGAUGAUGGACUCAAGGGCAUCCUGAUCAAAUUUGCAGAUGACACCAAACUGGGAGGGGUGGCUAACACCCCAGAGGACAGGAUCACACUUCAAAACGACCUUGGCAGAUUAGAGAACUGGGCCAAAACAAACAAGAUGAAUUUUAACAGGGAGAAAUGUAAAGUAUUGCACUUGGGCAAAAAAAAAUGAGAGGCACAAAUACAAGAUGGGUGACACCUGGCUUGAGAGCAGUACAUCUGAAAAGGAUCUUAGGAGUCUUGGUUGACCACAAACUUGACAUGAGCCAACAGUGUGACACGGCAGCUAAAAAAGCCAAUGCAAUUCUGGGCUGCAUCAAUAGGAGUAUAGCAUCUAGAUCAAGGGAAGUAAUAGUGCCACUGUAUUCUGCUCUGGUCAGACCUCACCUGGAGUACUGUGUCCAGUUCUGGGCACCACAGUUCAAGAAGGACACUGACAAACUGGAACGUGUCCAGAGGAGGGCAACCAAAAUGGUCAAAGGCCUGGAAACGAUGCCUUAUGAGGAACGGCUAAGGGAGCUGGGCAUGUUUAGCCUGGAGAAGAGGAGGUUAAGGGGUGAUAUGAUAGCCAUGUUCAAAUAUAUAAAAGGAUGUCACAUAGAGGAGGGAGAAAGGUUGUUUUCUGCUGCUCCAGAGAAGCGGACACGGAGCAAUGGAUCCAAACUACAAGAAAGAAGAUUCCACCUAAACCUUAGGAAGAACUUCCUGACAGUAAGAGCUGUUUGACAGUGGAAUUUGCUGCCAAGGAGUGUGGUGGAGUCUCCUUCUUUGGAGGUCUUUAAGCAGAGGCUUGACAACCAUAUGUCAGGAGUGCUCUGAUGGUGUUUCCUGCUUGGGAGGGGGUUGGACUCGAUGGCCCUUGUGGUCUCUUCCAACUCUAUGAUUCUAUGAUUCUAUGAUCAUAUUCUCAACUAGCUAGCCCCACCCCCAUCAAUUGCAUGGAUUCAGAAUAUGAUAUUACUAGCAGUGGGACCCAUCCAGUAUUGCUUUUGUCAUCGGGGGGGGGGGGGGGAUGACAGACACAAUGUUUAAAGAGAAGCCAUAGUUGGCUAUUGGUCUGUGGUACAAGCCUGGCAACUUUUCAGUUUACAUGACAAUUGCUGGAUCUUAUCAGGUCAGAUGCUGGGUCGGCCAACAGUUCUACCACUCUCUCCUAUGCUUACAGCCUUUCUUUAAGUUUUACUUUUCACAAUGCUGUAUGUUUGUUUGUUUAUUUAUACUUUCAUCCUCCAUGUUCUGUUUUUAAAAAUGCAAAUAUGUUUAAAAGAGUUGCAAAACUGCUCACAGAACUGAUGCCUUGGUGAUGUCAUGUGUGCUAGCCAAUUAGUAGUGUCAGUGCUUUCCCCCUUUCUUUCUUUUUAAGGAAAAAGGAUCUUGGUGGACACCAUGAAGUUGUUACAGUAAAUGCCACACUUUUAACUUUUUUUGGGGGGGGGAGGUGCCCGUACUGCAUAGCCUUGAGUACCUCCAGAAGAAAAGUACCAAGUGCUGUGACAAGCCAGAUCUUCCUGCAAACUAGCAUCACUGUUGUUUUUUCCUAAGGAGCAAAAGGCAUGUUUGUAUUAAGGAGAGUUUCAAGCCAGCUCUGCAAAUCUUGUGCCUAUCUUUAUUUCAGUUUGAGCAUUCACUAAGCCCAAUAAGAUUUCAAACACAUCCAUAUUGUUAAUUAUUUAAAUAGUUUUCAAUAGAUUUUAGCUUGAAAGGAAGACAAGAUUUCUCUAUAAUUUUGCCAGAAUGCAUGGCUAGAUUCUAUCUUUCAUUGUUUGCACAAGGCCUCACGGAGAUUUCUCUUUUAUCCCUUUUAUCCUCCUUUCCAGAUCUCAAUAGCCAAGUGAAAGGGACUGAAAACAAGAAACGCUUCAGUGAGAUUUUCCGGAGUCUGGAUGCCAUAGAAAUUUCAAUUGGAAAUUCGUAUGUAUCCAGGAUUGGUUUCAUAGCAAUCCUCCUAACACAGUGCUCACCACCACCACUAAAUUUAUCCAUACUGUUGUACAGAACUGAAGGGAGAAAGAUCAACGCAGAUGAGGCAUGAGCAUCUCCAUCAACUGUGGCUGCUGAAAAAAGCACAACUGCAACCAUGAAAAUGGCUUAGAAUUGUCAGAACAAUAUUUCUACUGACCUGUCCAGGUUGUUAUGCUUUUCGCCAGAACCAGAGGGUGCAAAGCCAGAAAAAAUAACCCAGCUGAAUUCUUCUUGCAUUUAGCCUGGUUCUUUUAUUUAUUUAACAAAAUUUAUAUACUGCUUAAAUGGAAAUAAAACCUCUAAGCACUUUUCAAAUAAUAUAAAACAUACAUUUAAAUUGUCAAUAAAAAUCAGUGUUAGAAACAUGCUAUAAAAAGCAAAAUGAAUAAAAUCAACAGUUAAAAGUAUACAUUCUAAGCUAACAUUAUGGGUUAAAUACCCAUCAACUUUACAUGUCUGGGUAGGCUUGCCCAAAUGGAAAAGUUUUUAGCGGGUACUGGAAAAAAUACAGGGAAGGAGCCUGCCUAAAGUCAACGGGCAGGGAGUUCUGGGGUUUAGGAGCUGUGACACCAAAAUAUGGGUUCCUUACAAAUGCAGAACAGCUAUUCUGGCACACCUGCAACAGUGCGAGUUGGGCAGAUCCAGAUGGCUGACUGGGGUAAGGGGAUCCUUCAAGCAAACUGAUCGGCCCUAAGGUGUUGGUAGCAGACAUGUACUUUAUGUUAUUUUUGGUUUUUGGUUUUUUAAAGUUUGAGUUGCAGGUGCCUCCGUGGCUAGGAGUGCCUUUUACCAGCUUGAUUGGUAAGACAGCUGUGGCCAUUCUUGGACUGGGAUAACUUGACCAUUUACUGGUAACCUCGUGGUUGCACUACUCUAGUGCACUCCAUGGGGCUGCCCUUGGGGUUGGUCCACAGGCUGCAGCCGCUGCAGAAUGCGGGAGCAAACCACCGGCAGCAUAUAACACACCGCUUGGGAGAUUUUUUUCUGGCUGCCAAGCUGCUGCCAGUCCAAGUUCAAGGUGUAGGUAUGAAGAUAUAAACCCCUCUAUAGCUCAGGACCAGGGAGCUUGAGAGACCACCUUAUAUCUCACCCAGCAGAUCACUGCAGCAUGCAGGAGAAUUUACCCUUUCAGUGCCAAAGGUUUCCAAAGUUUUCUCUGCGGUAACUCUGGGCAGGGCUUUCUGUGUGGCUGCCCCUGCUCUGUGGAAUAGCGUUCCUGUUGAGAUGCCCAAUGUCAACAGGUGCCCAAUAUCCACACUUUCCAGAAACAAACUGAGGCUUUAUAGGCUUUUCCAGUUGGCUAAAUGGGUUUUUGCUUUGGUAUGGUUUUAGUUUUGUUUUAAACACAACUGCUGGUACCCCCACCACCCCCAGCAACUGUUUAUUGAUGUUUCCAUUGUACAUUGUCUUGAGGUAACUCUAUAGAAACUAAUUGAUUAAUGAAGAUGAUGGCAAUAGAUAAUUCCGCAGCAGAGAAUAAUGACAUCAGGAGUAAUUUACUUUGGGAACAAAUCAAAGGAAUGCAGUUUCAAUGGAAGCAGGAUCAACUAAAAUUGUUCUGUGGAAAUGCAACCAGCCCCACACAGUUGAUGCUACUGCUGGGUUUGCUUGACCUUGGGGGAGAGAGAAAAUCAAGGUUUCUGGAGUUUCAUGCAACUUUUGUCUCUAUCAAACCAGCUUGUCUGACAAGCUACUUUUGUUUAUAUGAUCAUAACUUUAGGGAAUAGUUGCAUUUCUUGAUAUGCUGCCAUUGCAGAUUUUAGAAGGAAGGCUUUCAAACUGAUGAACAAGCAGCAAUGGAGGACUGCUUCAUGUUGCCAGAAGGCAAAUACCUGUGUGUCAUUGCCAUCAUUUGUGCAUAUAAGCAGGGAGUCACAAUGGAUUAUGACUCCCUAUUGAGAGCACAUAUGUUGUACAUUUUACCAGAAAAAAAAUGAAUUUGUCAGUGCACAACUUGCUCAGUCAGGAUGACCCCAAAUACUCUGGUUUUUGGGGUGGAAAAAUCCAAAUGCUACCGUUCUCCCAGAUAAGAAUCUAAUAAUAAAUAAAGGAGGAUUUGCCACUCAGUAAUGGCUCCUAAAAUCUACCACUCAAGGCAGCUACACCAUUCUGCAUAAUAUUGUGUUGUAUGGCCCAUUUUGUGUUGUAUGGUUCUGGUGGAGAACCUUUACUUCUGCCGUGUGUGUAAUAUUACUUGUUGGCUCUUUCUAAUUUGCAGGGCAGUUGAUAUGUUCAUUGAUGAUGUUAAUGACAAUGAUAGUGGAAUCUCAAACCUGCAGACGGAAAAACUACAGGUAUGUUGAAAUGUAAGCUCUGUCACACUGUAAGCUCUGUCACACUGGAAUGAAAAACUAUUAGUGCAUUUGUGAAAAGCUAAUUUGUUCCAACAGUUCAAAAGUAACCAAAUCCCUUCCUUUGCAUGAUAAACUCCCCCAUAAAGUCUAAUACCACAAAACUAGCAAAAUGGGUAGCCAACAUGGUGCCUAUGGGUGCGGUGGCCCCCUUGAGAACUUCCACACACCACUCACUGUCCCUUGCAUUAACAGGGGAGAAGGGGGCUGGCUGCCUUUCUUCCCCUCGAAAAGUCCUGUACAGCUGGAGGAGAAAGUUGGAAGGCUCUCACCUUCAUCUGCUUCUUUUCUGCUGCAUGUGCUUUUCAAAGCUCAGACCAGCACUUAAGCUGAAAGCAGGAGAAAGGGAAGAUUCUGGGAGCUUGUGGGGAGGGGCUGGGGGAGAAAGUGGUCAAGAAAGAGAAAAUGUAAUUGGAGAGAGUAGAAGGAAGAGAAGGGGCAGUGUACGUGUGCAAAGAUCCAGCAAAACACUGGAAACGGCAUAAUUUUUUUAAGAAGUUUUCUCCUCCUUCCCAAAUUACCAUUAAAUCACAAAUCAUAUCUGUCUCAUUGACAAGACUGCAAAAAUCACAGAUCCUGUGCUUUGGUCUAGUGCUGCCAUGGUGUAAAAUUGUGGAUCCAAGGCACAGAUCCUUAUGGAUCCCCAAAUAGUGAGAAAUUAGCUUAAUAUCACUUUUUAGCUCAAAGGGUGUGAAAGGUGUCUGAGACGACACUGCAGGAUAUUUCAGCUAUCUUGUGAGGUUUUGGAUUUUAUCACUUGCCUUCUACCAUCUGCAUAGCUGUCAAAGUUUCCCUUUUUUUAAAGGGAAAUUCCCUUAUUCCGAAUAGGAUUCCUCGCAAGAAAAGGGAAAAGUUGACAGCUAUGACCAUCUCCUUCUUCCCAAGUUUUUGCAUCAGAAGCAGAUUAUGUGGGUGGGUCUGAGGUGCACAGUCUGCACCUCAUGCCCUUUGGCAAAAUGAAGGGCUUGCCCACACUUCCACUUGCCCCAUUCCUAGAAAGCACAAGUGGGUUUCCAUUUGCCCUGCUGCUUUCCCCAGGAAAACUUGCUCUUUAAGUGCUAAAUGGGAGCCAAUGUCCACCUGGAGAAAACCUGGUUGACCUUUGUUCUGAUUCAGUGUGAAGAAUGGGUUUCCUCUCGAGAAAGCAAUGGGGCAAACAGAAGCUGGAAGAGCCCUAAAGCACUGUAGUUGUGUUAAACAAACCAAAUGAAGCUUUAAAAUGGGGGGCUGUGCAUUUGGGGGUUAUUCGCCCAUUUAAAAACAUUCUCAAAAAUGUUAUCAUCUCUUUGUUUCACAGACAGAUGAAGCGUUCUAUAAAUGUGAAGGAAGUUCGGAAGCAGGAGAACCAGGGAACAUGUCAGGUAACAGGACAAGGGAGGUUAAACAAAGGUGGCCAAAUUCAGUUUGGAUUGCCACUGUCAUUUUACAUCUGCUGCUAGGCUUGAGGACUCUUGUAAGUUUUUGGCAUCAUGAAUGGCAGGACAUGCAGGACAGACAAAAGAAAGUCCUUCUCCACAAAAUGCACAAUUAAUUUAUGGAGUUCACCAUCACACAAUGUGGCGAUAACCAGUAGCUUAGAUGGCUUUGAAAAGGAGAUCCGAUGAAUUCAUGGAGGAUGUGUCAAUUAAAUGAUGUUUUUUUUAAUUACAAAAGCCCACCCUCUGGUUAUAUUUUCACUUAACAGCAUGGCUACCCACAACCUGUUGUGAGGAAACACAUUCUUUGGUUGCUUCCCCCAUCACUACUUCCAUCUGGAAGGGGGAGGAGAUUGCUGGCACUCCCUCUCCCCUUUCUCUUGUUUCAGAACUGUUUAGAGGCAGUUUAAUGGCUGAAUGGUGGCAACAUGAGGAUGACCUUCCUGGGAGGCAUGCGAUUAUGUAGGUCAGGAGUUGGAACAAACCUUGCCUUGGAAGAACUUGCUUAGGUUUUGUGAUUUUUCCACCCUAAAUGACAGAUUCCUACUCACUGAUUCAUGGGAUCAAAGUCACGUUUAAGCAUUACUGUAUUAAAGACAUAUGUAAAAGGGAGUCAAAGAGGGAAGUGCUCUGGAAUUAAGAGCAAUCACUAUUAAGUAUGUACACACCCUUAAAAGCCAGACAUUCAGUGUGAUGUCUCUCACAGGUGGGGUCCUUUGCCCUCCUACAGAAGAAAGGCCUCUCAUUGUGAGAACUGGUCUUUUUGGCUAGGUAGCCUGGCUGAAGGACCAAGUUGCCAGGGAGAAAAAUGAAACUGUAGGUUGGAGAACUCAUUAGUUCCAGAACAGUAGCACAAACAGAUGACAAGAAGGGCAUGUCCAAAGGAUGAGUCAUUGGGAGACUGGUGCUCCUUAAGUAUGAAAAUCCCUCCCAAUGUUGCUGGACACUUACAAAUAAGAUUUUAUACCCCUGUCAUUCUUUCCAGAGGUUCCUGUGAUUUUGUCUGUUGUUUCUUAUAUUAUUGAGGACCUUCUCUGUUUUGGUUGGCAUCCAAAAUACCAAUCCAUAUUUCACCACCCCAUUUAACUUGGAUCAAGAACAACAAACCUGUUGCCAAUGACCCCUUUAAUGAUAUCUGAAUAACCUAUUUACAAUAUUAGGGCUCCAUCUGGAAGUACCCAAAGAGAUGAAGGUAGCAGCACUGCUAGUAACUAGAGAAAGGCUUGUCUGGCUCAGGAGCAAGGCAAGCAUCAGGAAGGCGGAAGACAUGGAGCAGGUGCUGCAAGAGACACACACGCGGGGCACUUUGUUACAAUGGCAGUGCAUGUUACAAGGAAGGAGAAGCUACAGGGAUUGAAAAGGCCAAUCACCAAUCAGCGGAGGAGGGGGUAGAGUAAAGCAAGAGGCUGGUAAAGAUGUUUGGUCUCCUGGAAGCCAAUGGGCUUCCUGUGGUCCAAUGAGCAGAGUGGCUAGACACCAAGUCUGGCUUUGACUGAUGACCUGACCAAUGGAGACUUGUUUGCCUCCUCACGCUGCUGAGUGCUGGUGGUCAGCCACAGGGACUUCUUCUGCAGCUGCUUCCUGAAACCUGCAAAUUAAUUUUCUCAGCUGAAGAGGCCGACGAGAUGCUGAUCAAGUGCACUGGUGGCGUGGAAGCAGCCCUAGGCUAUGCCAAGAUGUGGUGCAAAUACGUCAAGGAACUCUUGACCUGGGUUGACAAACGCCUGAAUUACGGUGAGGCUGGUUUUGCAUUAUCCAUGACCUAAACAGGCCAGCAGACCCUCCAAAUUCUCCUCUAACACAGACUCUUUUAAGUUAAAAUCCAGGUGAUAUAUUUCCACAUUAGGCAGCCAUAAAAAAUGUCACCACAAGCAGUCCUGGCCAAAACAGCAGCAGAAGAUGACAUUAGAAUGGGUACACAGUGUUGCGACAUACAAGAGCCCCACAAGAAGCAUUCGGGAAUCCAGCUGGAUUUUCAGUAAGGCUUUAUUCAGUUGCAGUCUUGCAGCAUUGUAAAGCAGUCUUGGUACAUUAAGGAUACACAAGAAACAGGUGGAAUUACAUUCAGGGAGAAGCCAUCACCUGAAGACAAGCUUGCCUCUUUAUGCUAGCUGGCAAGGAAUCAAUUAGGCUACGCCCCAUGAUGCUUAGUCAUCACAUGCUGCUGAGUCAGCAUUCCCUAUAAGCACAGUGUUUAACUCCUUGAUACCCACAACACUCCAACACACAGUUCUUUCCAUGAAUCUUGCCACAAGGUAGGAGCAGCUUUCCAAAAUCCCAUGUUUUUGUGGCUACAUAGAAAGAAGCUCUCUGCUCCUACUAUAUGUUUCCUUUGGAAAUUCAGUCUAUUGUUGUUUUCUGUUCAUAGAAACUGAGUUUGCAAAGAACAUCCUGAAGAUUGCUGAUGCUGGCAGGAGUGCCAUUUUCCCACAGGUAUUGUUUCCUAGUUGCUCCCUUCUGGGACUGCCCUACGUUGUCUGAUCUGUAGGGUCUUUGCUAGUCUCUCCCAUGUAGAGCCUAAAUGUAUAAGGUGUGUGUGUGUACCCCCCCCCCCCACGUUUACAGGUACCAUUUUCCCAGUACGUAUAAAGAUGAAUUCACCCAUGCAAGGGCAAGUGUUCCAGGGUGACACUUCCAAUAACGCAGCACCCAAAGGCAACUGUUAUUUUCUGGUAUUAUGUUCUCAUCAGCUAGUUAGUGGACAUGACACACUUGAAAGCUAGCCUCUCUACUUGACAGAGCAAAAUUAACUCUUAUGUGCAUUACACCAUGCUAUUAGCAUUAAUUUCAUGUCUGUUUCAUUCCUGCAGCUCUGAGAAGCAACCAGCAUCCUCUGUAUGUCAGGGAUGGGCAACCUGGUACCCCCAGGUGUUGCUGGAUUGCGACUCCCACCAUCCUUCACCAUUGGCCAUGCUGGGGGGGGGGGGCUGAUGAGAGUUGGAGCCCAACAACAUCUGGAGCACCACAUAGUUCCCUGUCCCUGUUCUAUGUUGUACACUCAAACCUCUGUUCUCAAAUGGCUCUGUUUUCAAAUGUUUUGGCUCCCGAAUGCCAAAGACCCGGAAGUAACUGUUUUCAAACAAUUUUCAGAAGCUGAACUUCUGACACGGCUUCCGUUUUGAGUUUCCCUAUUGUAUUGAGGCUUCUGCUUUCAAUUUUUGGUUGUCGGACGUUUCGGAAGUCGAAUGGUCUUCCAGAGUGGAUUACAUUUGACAAUUGAGGUUUGACUGUAUCGUAGUGCCAUGACACUAGCUUCUAAUAUGGCUGGGCUAAGUUGCAGCUAGAACUCCUAAAGCUUGAUUCUCUGCUUUCUCCUUUAAGCAGGCAGAGGAGUUGUUGCUGAAAACCACUUCUGUGUGGUAUGCAGCUAGUUUUGUGGAUUGGCUCUGGUGCUUCAAAAGUCUCGAAAGCCAGUUGCAGUGCUGAUGUGGACACUUGCCACGUGACGUGGCUGAUCCACGGGGUGAGCUGUUCACAUAUGCCAUGGUUACUGCAUUGAGCCAGCAAAUGAAACCGGCAGAGCAGUGCCACAUACGUGAGAUAGGAGGUCUUCUUUCAUCGCUGUGCUAAUAGGGAGACUGAGCAUUCCCUGUAAGCUGGGAUUUGAACCCAAACAUCCUUGUUCCAGUCCCAACACUCUCAGUCCUAGAACCCAUUGGCUCUGUGUUUUUGUCUUUUCAGACUUGUAUGCCCUUACAGACUCUGUACACCAUGACCAUGGAGCAUGACAUCAGGGCAGGGAACUUGGCCAUAGAGACGGCUGGGAUUUUGCAAAUGAAGGAAUACUAUCAGGUACAGUGUUUCUCAGCUUAGAUGAGACACCAUUUUACAAAUGCAGCAACUAAAAUCUCUCUUGGGCUUGCAAUCCAUUCUGCUGAUUUGCCCAGGUCCCUUGGUCACUCGUGGUGUCUCCUGGAUGCCAUAGAUUUGUAAAUAAUGAAACCUACUGCUGGAGAUCUCACUUCCUGCACCCCACCUUGCCUUGCAGCCUCUUUCGGCGAAGAGGAAUGAAAUUGAGAAAUGGCGGAAGGAAUUCAAAGAUCAGUGGCAGAAGGAGCAGAAAAGGAUGGUAAGAGCAGAUCUAGGAAAGGAUCGUGGUGGGGGGGUGGGGAGGGAAAAAGCUGCAAUCACUGGGAAGUCCCCUUUCAGGUGGGCGUGGGCUAUGCAGUAUUUCUCAGCUGGUUCCUGGGCAAUGCAUGCUGGGAUUGAUAUGAAAGUGGAGGCUUGGGGAAGUACUAGGACAGGCAUAGGCAAACUCGGCCCUCCAGAUGUUUUGGGACUACAACUCCCAUCAUCCCUGACCACUGGUCCUGUUAGCUAGGGAUGAUGGGAGUUGUAGUCCCAAAACAUCUGGAGGGCCAAGUUUGCCUAUGCCUGGACUAGGAGCUUGUCCCAGGGCUUCCAUGCAAGUUCACAUCAUCCCUGUAACCCCUGUGCUCAAAGAAAGACAGUCUCACCAACACUUUCAAGUCUUCUUAUCUGUCAUCCCUUACCCUGCAAUAUUUCUCCAAUAGAAAAGGGGGCCUCACCUGUGGUGGUUCAAGGGGUUGCUCAUGCGUACGCCGGUGCCCACACCUGGCUCGGUUGCCUAAGUGAACCUUUUCUGUCCGGACAGCCACUCACCCGUGGCUGUCUCAAUCGCUGGCAGAAUCCGUCAGUGGGCGUUUCUUAAACUUCUUCCAGCAAAGAAGUUCUUUCACGCCCAGUCGCCUCCUACUUUCCCUGCGCGGAAGCCUUCUGCGCAAGGAAGGCAUAGGCAGCGGAGGACCCUUCCUCCCCCCACUGGUCCCAGGCAAGGAGUCAUGUGACUCCCUCUCAGAUUCCCCCAUCUGCCCCCCUUCUCCACUGGAACUGAGCUGAUUCCCUUCCCCAGAAGAUGGGCUGCCUCUCCCAAUCCCAUGACGCUCUCUGGGAUCCCUCUGGAGCUCUCUCUCUCCCUCCGGCACUGAUGGCAGUUCCCUGACAUCACCCCAACUAAAUUGGUCAAAAUGUAUAAAAGGGUGUUAGAAAUGCAAAGAAACAGAGGGGACAUGUAUACACAUGUGGUAGGGAUGUAAGAAAGCUAAGGAAUAUUGGGAGAAGAUAUACACAGAAAUUUUAAAAAAUGCUAAAGUUGCCAUUUUCAAAAGACCCAGAGAUGUUCCUUUUGGGUAUAAUAGAGGCUGAGAGACCUAGGAAUGUAUUAAAUCUUUUUCUUUAUGCAACCGCUGCAGCCAGAAUAGCCUAUGUACAAAUGUGGAAGGCUAAAACAGACCAACGAAAGAGGAUUGGCAGAAUAAGUUAAUAGAAUAUGUGGCGUUAGCAAUAUUGACUGCAAAGAUAAGAAGCCAGGAUGAACAUACCAUAAGAGACGAGUAGGAAAACUUUGGAGAAUAUUUAAAGAAUUACAGGUGAAACUUGGAAAAUUAGAAUAUCAUUUAUUUCAUUUAUUUCAGUAAUUCAACUUAAAAGGUGAAACUAAUAUAAUUGUGAUGAUCAACUACUCAAAUCUCAUUUCUGAUGAGAGCAGCUUUUGCAUCUCAUUUGGAAACCAAGGACCCAGAGUCUGGAGGAAUAGUGGGGAGGCACACAAUGCCAGAUGCUUGAAGUCCAGUGUGAAGUUUCCACAGUCUGUGUUGAUUUGCGGAGCCAUGUCAUCAGCUGGUGUUGGUCCAAUGUGCUUCAUUAAGUCCAGAGUCAACAGUCAACACAGCCAUCUGUCAGGAGAUUUUGGAGCACUUCAUGCAUCCUUCCACAGAUGAGCUUUAUGGGGAUGCUGACUUCAUUUUCCAGCAGGACUUUGGCACCUGCCCACACUGCCAAAAAUACCAACACCUGGUUCAAUGCCCAUGGGAUUACUGUGCUUGAUUGGCCAGCAAACUCGCCUGACCUGAACCCUAUAGAGAAUCUAUGGGGCAUUGCCAAGAGAAAAAUGAGAGACAUGAGACUGAGCAAUGCAGUAGAGCUGAAGGCUGCUAUUGAAGCAUCCUGGUCUUCCAUAACACCUCAGCAGUGCCACAGGCUGAUAGCAUCCAUGCCACGCCGCACUGAGGCAGUAAUGGAUGCAAAAGGGGCCCAAACCAAGUACAUGCUUCUACUUCUCAGAGGUCCAAUAUUUGCAAUCCUUGUUUUGCUGAUUUCAUUUAAUAUUCUAAUUUUCUGAGAUUGUUAAUUUGGGGUUUUCAUCAGCUGUACGCCAUGAUCAUCACAAUUAUAAAAAAUAAAGGCUUGACAUAUCUUACUUUGCAUGUCAUGAGUCUAUCUCAUAUAUUAGUUUCACCUUUUAAGUUGAAUUACUGAACUAAAUGAACUUUUCCACGAUAUUCUAAUUUUCUGAGUUUCACCUGUAUAACAGUUACAUAAAUCUCCAAGUAGGAAUAGAUAUAUGAACAGCAGCUAAAUCAAUUAAAAGGGGUAUAAAGAUAUGUAGCACAACUAAGAGUAAAAAGGAACCCAUGGAGGGGUGUGUGGGGAAGUCGAAUAAUGUAGAAUAUUGUGAAAGCAUAAAUAAAAUUUUAAAAAAGAAAAUACGGAUAUCCCAUUCCAUAAUGAUAAUUUGACUAUUUAUACCCCACACAUCUUACUGGGGUUGCCCCAGCACUCUGGGAAGCUUCCAACAGAUAUAAAAAUAUAAUAAAACACUAGACAUUAAAAAACUUCCCUUCAGAGGCUCGGGGGUUGGAUAACUCCAUACCCCCCAAUAGUUCUCCAAUGAAAAUAGGGAUAUUCUAAGGAAAAGUGGGACAUUCCAACCAGGAUCAAAUCAGAAACCAGGAUGACUUCUCUAAAUUAGGGAUGUCCCUGGAAAAGAAAGACACUUGGAGGGUCUGUGAUCCUUUUUCGUCCCAAGGACCGUAGCCAGAGGUGCUCUCAGAGGCAUUACAUGCCUUUCUCUGUCAACUUUAAUUAAAAGCCAUACAUGGCUGACUUCCAGCAAGGCAAGGUGGCGAGUGCCACAGCUGUGCAGGGCUCCUGAGGACCGCCAGCACCAACUGUGUGGCUUGGCUGGUCUCCAUGCCACUGCAGCUGCCAUGGGGGGGAGGGACUGGCCCGUCUUGUCUCAAUGUCCAGAUUGGACAGCAUUCUGCUCACACAAGGUCUGAUCCCCCAGUAGAAACAGCAAACAUUGGUAACAUUAAAAUCACAAACCAUGCCCCAGUAGAAGCUACCCUCAAAAUAGGAGAAGAAGCACAAACUAUCUCAUCAUGAUCCUUCAGCCCCAUCCUAACCACAAACCAACUAGCUAGAGAGAGUCUCUUGAAAACUCUCCAGAACUGCUUUAAGGACAAUGAUGUGGUUGACAUUACAACCCCCUUCCUUUGGGACACAAUGAAAGCAGUCAACAGAGGAGCCUUCAUAAAGAAGAGGGCAUCCAUUAAAAAAAAAAACCUCCUCAAAAAUUGAUAAAUUCGAACAAGACAUUACAACCCUCUCAUCACACUACAAACAAACAGAAGCCAAAAAACUCCUUAAACUCAUAGAACAAAAAAGAAGGAAAAUAAACUUUCUAGAAAUCAAUAAAACAAUGAUUAACAUCCUAUAUUCUAAACAAAGCUUUUACGAAUAUGGGGGGAAGAACUCCAGACUAUUAGCAAACAGAUGCAGGAAAAGAUCACUCAGAAUAAGAAUACACUGUGUCACGGCUUCCUGUUUCCGGCAGUGGAAAAUGGCUGAUCCCACACAAUCGGACUUCAGCUGUUCCGAUAAUUUAGGGCUGAUAUGGGGGUAAUUAGCCCUGGCAGCCUCCCCAGGGCAGGGGAGGACUGUCUCAACGACCCACGGUCUGCCCCAGAUUGCCGAUGUGGCAGACGGCAGGGGCACUGGGUCACGGAGCUAGGGACGGCUGACACUCCUGCGACACCACCCCAUAGCCGGACGCAUCUGUUUGGGAAAAUAUAAAGAUUUGGAAAACAAACAGACACGCUCUGAAUUGAAGAAGCUGGGAAAAACCUGCAGUAUGUACAGUCUCUGGUGCAAAAGAUCGAACUUCAAAGAGAUCCUCAUCAUGACGUUUGGAAUGUGGAGGGGCUUGGUAUGUAAAAAAAAAUUCUUUUAUCCUUAACAUCAACAAUCCGUAAUGCAUGCCAAGUCUCAUUAAGAACUUAAAUUGCUCUUCAAAAAGUGAGUUCAGAUGGACUUUCAUAUAUAAUUGGGAUCUACUCGCAGCCACUUCUCUUCUAAGACCGGAAAUGUCUGUUAAAGACGAAAACAAAGGACAAAAUGGCGUCUCCCACCACGUCGUUAUUGAAUAUCUGAAAUACCUCCCUGAUUAAGAGAAACAGGAGCUAACGGAUGGUUGGUUAUAAAGGCUGGAAACAAUACUACAUAUACAACUGUUUGCAAAAAGAUGUUUUUUUGAUUACGAGCGAGAGAGAGGGCUAAAUGGAUGUCUGGCAGUCCCCCUCUAGGGCCCGGAGGGGGGACUGGGAAGAUUCCAAAGGCCAAUUGCUAACUGUCUGAUAUAUGGCUACAUUGCAAACAGUCUGUUUAAGAUAAAUCAACGAGGAGGGUACAGAAGGAAAUUUCUCUCUGUUUCUUUGAUAACACCUGGACGGGAAAGAUUAACGAUCUGGGAGCUGCCAAAAUAACAACUCUCAAAGAGCUGGACAGAACUUUGAAAUUGGAUGCAAUUAAAUGAAGCGGUGCGAUGAAAAAACAGUGCGAUGAAGGAGUACAAUAUACGGACAAAUCUGCACUCCAUAGAAAAAAAAAUAUCGGUUUUCUGACAUGAAUGAGGAUCGUAGAACCAGAGUCAAAAUGUGGAAGGGAAAAAUGGAACAUGGAAUUAUGAAUAACAUUGAGGAUGAUGAGAGGCAGGACUAUGAUGUUGAAUGCGCUUCGAAAUUCAGACCAUGGGAAGUCAAAACAAAAUUAUUACAAUUUGGAAGACAAUUGGACCUUUUUUAUUUUAGUUUUUUAUUUUUAUUGGAUCUGAUUUGAUAUGUUAAUUGGAUGUUUUUAUUGGAAAAUUAAUAAACGCUUUAAAAAAAAAGAAAAGAAUACACUGUGUCACAUAAAAAAACACAUGGUAACAUAACAUCCUCCACCAAAGAAAUAACCUCAGAAUUUGCUGAAUACUAUCUGACUUUUAGAAGACAUCUGAAGGCAGCCAUGUUUAGGGAAGUUUUUAAUGUUUGAUAUUUUAUCACUUUUAUUAUUAAUAUUCUAUUGGGAGCCACCCAGAGUGGCUGGGAAAACCCAGCCAGAUGGGUGGAGUAUAAAUAAUAAAUUUAUUACUACUACUACUACUGAAUUUUACGCCAAUCUAUACACCUCCCGCAACCCGCAACAGGAAAUCAGAAGAUUCCUAACAGGACUGGCCAUGCCAACCUUAACUGCAGAGGAACAAGAAUUCAUGCACAGCCCUAUCACCCCACAGGAAAUAGAGACAGUAUUCAAAAAUCUGUAACCACACAAAGCCCCAGGCCCAGAUAGCUAUACAGCAGAAUUCUACAAAAAAUUCAAAGAACCCCUGAUGCCUUACAUGACCUGCCUAUUUAACGACAUCACAAAAGGGCUCCCCAUCCCUAAAACCUGAACCUCUUCCAAAAUAGUUUCUAUCCUAAAGCCACCCAAAGAUAGCCUCAAAAUAGAAUCAUACCGCCCAGUCUCAUUGAUAAAUCAAUCAAUCAAUCAAUCAAUCAAUCACAUCAAUCCUGGCUAACCGCCUAAAAAUCUUCCUACACAAACUAAUCACCAUGGACCAGGCAAGCUUUGUCCCUGGUUGCAGCAUAACAGACCCCAUUAGGAGACUACAGUGGUACCUCGGGUUAAGUACUUAAUUCGUUCCGGAGGUCUUUUCUUAACCUGAAACUGUUCUUAACCUGAAGCACCACUUUAGCUAAUGGGGCCUCCCGCUGAUGCCGUGCCACCAGAACAUGAUUUCUGUUCUCAUCCUGAAGCAAAGUUCUUAACCCGAGGUACUAUUUCUGGGUUAGCGGAGUCUGUAACCUGAAGCAUAUGUAACCUGAAGCAUGUGUAACCCGAGGUACCACUGUACUGAAUCUGGUAGAACACAGCAAAUCAACCAAACUCCCAUUGACAGUCAUGUCAUCUACAUUUGCAUAAUACUGAAGUACAUAUUCAUGAAAAUUCAAUGCAACACUGCUGGAUUUUGCCUUCCUGUGCUCUGGCCAGUGAGUGUUUAGGCACCAGGACAAUUGAAAAACACAUGAUACAGGCUGUUCAGUGCUGUUAAGUUUUUGAAAGGAAUUAUAGCAUGCACUCAAUAUAGUGAAUAAUUUCAAAUACGCUCGUCUAUUGGUAUUUAGAUUGCACUGACUUCCCCUGCUUCUCCCGCUGCUCUUCUACCUCCAUGUCUAUUAAAUGUGAUUAGAAGUGUAAUGUGAGCAACUCCUGUGAGGUGCUGUUUGUGCAGCUGCUGCUUCCUAUGGUGUGGACGGGGGGGAACCAAGCAUGAUAAGCCGAUGACAAAUAUAGAAUGAAUCUGCAAGUAAUGCUGGAUGGCCACCCAUGUUGAGCUACUUCCAAUGUAGCUUUUUGUUUUUGCUAAUUAGUUACUAGCUCACAAAAGGUUUUGCUUGCCCAGUUCCCAGAGAUACCUCCUUCAGGGCUCAUCCAGACUUGUGCUUCUUAAAAGACACUUUAAAAAGCAUAGGUCCGAGGGUUUCUUUGCUUGUCCCCUGCUUACUAGUCAUAGGUCUGAGUGGUUUUGCUCUUCACCCACCCCUUUCUCCCAGAAAAUCCACUCUCUAGCCAUAAAUCAAAACAAGCAUUAAUCUGGAAAAAACUUCAUUGACAUUUGCUUUGAUUCAGCGGUUUUCUUUGGGGUGGGAAGCAGUGCGGCAAGGAGCCCAUCGUCAUUUAUGACACUCUGGGGGGCUUCCAGUUGUAGGAUACUUCUCCUGCUCCAUCAACUGGAAGCAAAUUUUACUUGCCAAGGCCACUAAGCCUAUAGAUAUUUUCAAGCCUGAUUUAGAAGGGUUACAGCCGGGAAACACACUUUAAAUCCACAAAAAUGUGCUUUUCCCCCAAAGGUUAUUGCAAUUUGGUUUUAGCACUUUGAUCAGGAAGGAAAGAAAAGCUCCCUAGAUGCCUCCUAAUGCAGGUCUGAGCUUCUAAAUGAAAAAAUGACCCAGAGCCACAGCUGGUCAGACAUGCCCUUGUAACUCCUCCUUCAAUUGCAGAAUGAUUCCAGGUCCUCGAUGCAGAAGGCACGGCUCCACUACCUGCAGCGCUGCGAGGAUCUGGAGAAAGCCAAAGUGCUAAGUGCCAGAGCAGAAGAAGAAUGGCAGACCACUGCAGGCAGCGGCAACAAGCAACUGGAGAAGCGGCGUCGAUGUCGUGAUGAGCUGCAGUCAAAGGUAUCAGUCUGAGAUCCUAAAGCCUAUGCAGUUUGUCCCUUUGUCAUUUGCAAUCUGGGGUCUAGUUCAGACCUCGGAUUCUGGAAUUCAGGUCCUCCUAAUGAAGAGCCUGUAAAUGUGUGGCAAAGACUCAGAUGCCAAAGGUGAGUUGGGAAACAGGGCCAAUGACAAGUUUUUGUGGGCUAUGAAACUGGGUGUGGAGGAUCUCUGCAUGGGAGACCAAAUGACAACAAAGCAACUCACACAGAAAGGUUGAUGGCCUAUUGGUCUGGUCACCCCUGGUAAGACAGGGUGUAUUAGUUGGUCAAAAUCUCUAUUAUCUUUGGUCUGUUUGUAGUCAUAGCCUUUUAUAUACUAAACUUUUAUGCUUUCCGUUAUCCAUUUAAUGCUCCUAACCCUUCUUUUAGCUUCUUUUAUAUUUUUAUAGUCUUUUAUAUAUACCUUCUCUUUAGAUGUUUUAUAGAUUUUAAAUGAUUGUACUCCACCCUACAUCUAUGACCGUAAUAAACAGUUUUGUUUGCAAAGCCUAGAAGGCCCUUUAGAAUACGCCAGUAUUUUAUUGUAUUCUUUUAUUAAGUGCUGUCCAUGGAGGCCCAGGUCAAUUAUAUGUCCGGGGCAGCUGUCUACCAGCUCCAUCUGGUAUGCAGGCUGAGACCCUCCCUGUCCGCAGACUGUCUCACCGGAAUGGUGCAUGUUCUAGUUAUCUCCCGCUUGGACUACUGCAAUCACCUUUGAAGGUGAUUUGAAAACUACAACUAAUCCAGAAUGUGGCAGCUAGAAUGGUGACUGGGAGCAGCCACCGGGACCAUAUAACACAGGUCCUAAAGGAUCUAGAUGGGCUCCCAGUACAACAACAACAAAAACAACAACAAAUUAUUUAUACCCAGAUAUAAUUUAUAGCUGACUGGGUUUCCCCAGCCACUCUGGGUGGCUAUUUACAUGUGCAGACUUUAUAUAAUUCACUAGGUAACACAUUUCAAUGGAAAAGUCAACUCAGAAGAUAUACAGGUCACUCUAACAAUAAGAAAUGCAGUUUCAGUCCAGAAGAAUUUUGUUUCUCCUUUCCUCUGAAGAGGAGUUUCCAAGCACAAUUCAAAGUGUUAAAGCCCUAAACGGCCUUGGCCCAGUAUAUCUGGAGGAGCAUCUCCACCCCCAUUGUUCAGCCCAGACACUGAAGUCUUCCUCCGAGGGUCUUCUGCCGGUUCCUCACUGUGAGCAGUGAGGUUGCAGGGAACCAGGCAGAGGGCCUUCUCAGUAGUGGCACCCACCCUGUGGAACACCCUCCCAUCAGAUGUCAAAGAAAUAAACAACUAUCUGACUUUUAGAAGACACCUGAAGGAAGAGCUGUUUUAGGGAAGUUUUUUAUGUUUGGUGUUUUAUUAUGCUUUUAUAUUGGUUGGAAGCUGCCUAGAGUGGCUGGGGCAACCCAGUCAGAUGGGCAGGGUACAAAUAACAAAAUAAUAAUAAUAAUAAUAAUAGUAAUAAUAAAUUAAUUUUGUUUGAAGAUUUCAGCUUGUGUGUAACCAAAAGGUUAUUGCAUGACUUUCUGGCUGCUCUCUUCAGACUUUUAUCAACUACCUCCCUGAGUAACCUCUCUCAAGAAGCCGAUUGCCUAAUGUGGAUAUUGAAGGAAAUUUGGGGUUUGCCCAGUGACUUUGAAACUCCAAAGGAAAUUAACAAAGGGAUCAGAGGAAGGCUGCAACAAACGGCGUCGUUUUUCUAUGUGACAAUGAACCUCAAACUAAAACUGCAUGUAUGAUUUCAGCUUAGUUUUAAAGUAAAUUUUACAAAAUUUAUUUUGGGUGCAUAAUUUGGCUUUUGUGGUGGAGGUAUCCACAUAGGGCACUUCCUCAGGUACCCUCAGAAAUGUGUAAGUACCCCCUUCAUCUCCAAGUCAGCACUUUCCAUUCCUACCCUCAGUUUUUAUUUCACUGCCCACAGGUUCAGGAACUGGAAGUUGUCUAUCGAAGCUGCGUCUAUGAUGCUAACAUCCACCGGCAGGAACUGGAGAAAGUCAGGGAGAGAAUCAUCUCCCACAUUCGCAAACUUGUGUACCAAGGAGAUGAGGUGCUGAGGCGGGUAAGUCGUGAUCUGUGCUGAGGGAAUAUCCCUGGCCCUUUCCUACUCUUCUCCAGGUACAAAGACAGAAGUGACUCAAGGAGGCCUCACCCCAAUUAAUUACCUACCAAUUAAGGGAGGCAGGAAACUUGAGUGCAGAAAGGUCUAGGGAUGUAAGAAGGCAGCAAUUUCCAUUUGUCAUAACUGUUUCCAUUCUGCUGCAGUUCAGUUUCCGUUAAAUACUAUGCAGCUUGUCUGGCUGUCCACUAUUUAACAUAAAUGGUUUUACAAAUCUAUGGUGCAACCGCAUUUGGAAUACUGUGUAAAGUUCUGCUCUGUUGGAAGAAUCUCAGAAAAAGGGAAUAAAAUGCUCAAGGGGAGAGGGCAACUCCCCUUUGAGAAAAGGUUGUGGCAGUUGGGCCUUUUUGACUUAGAGAAAAGGCAAGUAAGAGGUGACAUGACAGAGGAGGGAGAAAGGUUGUUUUCUGCUGCUCCAGAGAAGCGGACACGGAGCAAUGGAUCCAAACUACAAGAAAGAAGAUUCCACCUAAACCUUAGGAAGAACUUCCUGACAGUAAGAGCUGUUCGACAGUGGAAUUUGCUGCCAAGGAGUGUGGUGGAGUCUCCUUCUUUGGAGGUCUUUAAGCAGAGGCUUGACAACCAUAUGUCAGGAGUGCUCUGAUGGUGUUUCCUGCUUGGCAGGGGGUUGGACUCGAUGGCCCUUGUGGUCUCUUCCAACUCUAUGAUUCUAUGAUUCUAUUCUAUGAUUCUAAGUUUAUAAAAUUAUGCAUGGCAUAGAGAAAGUGGAGAGAGAAAGUUUUUCUCCCUCUCUCAUAACACAAGAACUCAUCAACAUCCAAUGAAGCUGAAUAUUGGAAGAUUCAGGACAGACAAAAGAAAGUCCUUCUUCACGCAGCACAGUGUUAAACUAUGGAACUCCCUCCCACAGGAGGGAGUGUUGGCCACCAACCCGGAUGCCUUUGAAAGAGGAUUAGACAAAUUCAUGGAUGACAAGGCUUCUACGGCUGCCAGCCCACUGGCAAUGUUCCCCCUCCCCUGUCAGAGGUCAUCUGCCUCAGAACGCCUGUUGCUGGGAGUCAGACAGGGCAGAGUGUUGUUGUGCCCACAUCCAGCUUGCCACAGAUUUCUCACAGGCCCCUGGUUGGCCCCUGGGAUGCUCUAAACAGGACGCUGAAUUAGACGGACCAUUGGUCUGAUGCAGCAAGCUGAUCUUAUAUUAUUAUUAUUAUUAUUAUUAUUAUUAUUAUUAUUAUUACCCUAUCCUUUGGCCUAAGGUCCCAGGGCGGGUCACAGCAGUUAAAACACAAUGUUAAGAAGCAGUUUAAAGCAACUUAACACCACAAAAAUAAGGUGAGUCCUAUGUAUCCCUUUUGUCUGGCCCCCAUGAAGCUGGAUUCUCAGUCCUCACCUGGAACUGUCUGGAGAAGGAUGGGACACAGCUCUCCAAUGAGAGGCCAAGGCAGACAGGGGACGGAACAGAACUUUGGGCCUUUGUUUGGAAGGGAAAAAGGGAAUUGGAAAAGGGCAGUUGAAGAAGUGAAAGGGAGAGAAAAAGCAGGAAAGAGGAGGAACAACAACAUAAGUAACGGAACGAAAGAGCCAGGCAGGUCAAACACAGAGACACAAAGGAAAAUACUUUUGAGAGACUUGCACAGCUGCUGCAGUUGGAGAAAUGCACAGGCUUGAGAGAAAUGAUCGGGGAAAGUAAUGCUGAUUAUCUGUAUUGCAGCAAAGGGCAUUUAGGUGAAGUCCUCAGAACACUCAUAGACAGCAUCCCAUCAACUUAUACGUACAGUCAUACCUUGGGUUAAAGUUGCUUCAGGUUGAGCGUUUUCGGGUUGCGCUCCACGGCGACCCGGAAGUAACGGAACACGUUACUUCCGGGUUUCGCUGCUUGCGCAUGUGCAGACGCUCAAAAUGAUGUCACGCGCUUGCGCAGAAGCUGUGAAUCAUGACACACAGACGCGGGUUGCAUUCGCUUCAGGAUGUGAACGGGACUCUGGAGCGGAUCCCAUUCGCAUCCAGAGGUACCACUGUACCAUGCUUUUGGCGUGUUUAGAUAAAUUUGCAAGCAUUACCCUGUGACACUGAUGAUCAACAUUGCUUUGCCCCUGUUGUGUAUUUGAGGGCGGCGGGGCGGGGGGAGAGACUGAGAGACAACAGCUUGCCUAUGGACACCUGUGAGCCUCGGAAUUUUAAUUACAGCUCCCAUCAUUAACCAACAGGUAAAACCUGUGUUGGAUAUUGCAGUUUUCAAAAACAACAGGCACCUCCAACUGUCCGAUUUCAGCAUCAGUCUGAAUUGCAUUCUAUUACUACACAGUGGGUGGAGGAACAAGAAUCAUUACCAUUGCUUGCUAUGGUUUUCAGGAACAUUUAGUUUAAAGUGAGCCUAGCAACAGAAUAGAUUGGAAACACCUCCUGUUGGCUGACAUGAUUUUCACUGUUCCCCUUCUCCAGCAAUUCUCGAUACAUUUUGCAGCUUGUUCUAUUUGGGUUUCAGUCUCCUUUAGUCUCCUUUUGCUAGUUGCCGCAGCCAAGCCCCAAGAUGAGGAAGACUUUAGAGGGGAGGACUUCGGGGGCAGGUGGAGAACAGAAGACAGAAAACAGCAUCCAGGGAAAGAACUAGACUGAAGUGGAAAGAGAGACCAUGGAAGCUGUGCUAUAUGGUGUCUGGACCAUCUCCGAAGUUGCAAGGGGAAAACCUCCUUGGCUGGGCGUUCAAAAGAGAUGUGGACAGAAGUUGGGCUGCCUAGGAGUUGUGGGGAUAUGGAGAUGGUGGAUGGAUUCAACCUCCUUCCACUUAUUCAUGAUGUGUGUGUGUGACAACCGUCAUCAUAGAUGGGGCCAGCCUCAAGGAUUGGUGUCAUGGGGCACUUCCUGAGGGUGCAUGUCUUCAGGAGGCCUCACUGCCCUUGGCUGGUCCUGGCCUGCCUGUGGCUGUUGGAGAGCAUCUGUAGGCACAAGGAAAUAGCAACACCUUCCCAGCAACACCAGGGACUCAGAAGAAGCUUGCUGAUGGGAGCAGGCAUAGCUAUGGCAGCCUAGCAGCUUCAAAACACCACUGAGUAGCUGAAGUGAGGUGAGAGAAAGGGAGGAAUGUAAAUGACAUGUGCGGACACCUUGUGCAAGCUUCCAGCAGAUGAAAAACAAAGUAAAAGCAGGUGAACAAGAAAAACAGGAGACAAACACACAGCAGCUGAGGAACAGAGCCCACAUCUUCCUUCCCUCUAAUAUCAUUCAUCUUGCUUGUUGUAGGAAUCUGAUUUUGAGCCCUAACAGCUGACAGCAGAGCUCUCAAGCAAAAAAAAAGAGUGAAACCAGCACGGAAUAGCUAUAAACUUCAUCAGCAGGAGGUGUGGAACGAGAGAAGUGAUGCCAUAAUUGUGGCAGCCAAUAGAAAGGUGUCUUUGGUCCUUCUCCAGGACUGCAGUUUUCAGCUAACUUUACAUUACAUUUAAAUUUCAUUUUUAUGAAAACUAUAAUAUCUAGAUUUAGGGUUCUUUUCAAAAUAGUUAUUAAUCAAUUAACUGUUUAGGAGAAUUUAGGAGAAAUCCCAGUUCUGAACUUCCGAAUGAUGAAAAGUCAUUUAUGGUCAUAUUUUGUUUCCCUAAGGUCACCUUGAGGAUGUUCAUGUUCCAGAAAGCCCAGGCAGAGCGAAUCCCUGCAGGAUACCAGAACCUGACUGAGAUCUGCAAGCCCUACAAGGUUGGGGCAAAGUACCUGGAGUUCAUUCAGAACCUGCAGAAAAACGAGCUUCCGAUGGAGGUGUACAAAUUUGAGGAGUUUAUAUCCUCAGGGCAGAGGUAAGGAAGAACAUUUCUUACUCCUCCACCACACCUCAAGCAGUGUAAUGCUGCAGACUUUGGAUGUCACACCUACACAUGUGUACAAAACAGAAUUCCUUUGGGGCUAAAAAACAACAACUAUCCAUGGGAGCAUAAGAUGCAGAAAGAUGCCCACAGGUUCAGGAUAUACCAAAGAUGCAUGAGAAAGACUGCCAAAUCUUUACCAUUGGCGCAAGGUCAAUACUAUGUCAUAUAGUUGGUACUAUGGGGAAAAUCUUACUACAAUACAUCCUAUUUUAUCUAUUGCAUUAUUUUUAUUUUCCAGCCAUCUCUGAAUUUGCUGGGUGUUGGGGAGGGGAUAAAUAAAUUUAAAUUAAGAUAAAAUGUCCAAGCAAAGAAAUUAAGUUGCUUCCACAUAGAUUUGCUAUUGACCUUUCACAGAGCCUGAGAGCAGAACUACACGUUAUGAGGAAAACAGAUUCAGCAGAUUCUCCUUUGCAAAGGCCACCCCUGGCCAUUUUUAAAAUCAUUUUGUCCCCAGCCAGAGCCCAGAACCCUGAGGCAAGUCAGGCCAGCAGAGUGAAUUGAAACAUGUCAAGCAAGAGUUUUGAAACUUUCUGCCCCAGAGGCCUACUUGGCAGGGCUGAAAGCGAUGGCUGUCCCUCAUCAUAAAUUGGUGGUGCGGGGGGGGGGGGGCAUCCUAAAGUGGUGGCAGAUGGAGGCAGAGUUCAGCAUAAUCAGCUGACAAUUGCUGACAGCAUUUUCUGCUGAUAGCACUUUUUAGAAAUUGCUAGUUUCUUGGACAGAGCAAUUUUAUCAUGGCAAGGAGUUUCAUACUUCAGUUUUCCUCAAGCUAAGUACAGAUAUUAGCCCUGGAGGCAAGGUGACUCAGUCACAGGGGUUUUAAGUGGAGAGGUUUUGUUUUUUAAUGUUUUCCCUGCCCCCUCUGUGAUUUCUUCUCCUUUCACACUUCUUAUCUCUGAUGAACUACUAGUGUUUUUCAUCCCUUCUCCCUGCUUCUAUUAUGUUCACUUAUUCCUCCUAUAAAUGUCAUUUUUAUUCCCAAGUUAUUGUUGCUGUUGUUAUUUUUAAAAUUAACUUUUUAUCUCUUAUUCUAAUUUCCUUCAGCCCUCCUUCCUCUGGCCUUUUCCUCUCACAGGAAGGAAACCUUCCUUCUCUCCUCUCCCUCCCAGCCACCUUUGCUCAGUAUGGGGGGAGUCACUGGUGCUGGCACCCAUCCAACCCCAAGAGGGCAUCAAGGGAAGAGGCGCUGAGCUGAAAGGGAGACCUACCUGAAAGUGGACUGAGGCCCAUAGUGGUCCACUGUCUGGGAAAUGGUGAUGUCAAAGACUGCUUGAUAAAGUAGGCACAGGUUGUAGGAGAAUCCAUUUCAUUUGUUGAAGGUGAUGCAUGACCCAGAGCCAGCUUUUGUAAUGGUUAGUGAUUGUGUAGGUACCUUUCUUCAUUUAGGGUGGUCAUAGCCCAGGGCAGUGGCAGAGGAAGGGGUGUGUGAACCGCCCCGGGUGUCAUCAGUGUGUGGGGGUAUGGGGGUGUGACAAAAUGACAAAAAUAUUAGUUAAAACUUUUUUUUAAAAAAAAAAUUGGGCUCACAAAACUUUUUAGUUCAGUCAACACUGGGCGCCACACCACGGAGGCCGGCACUUACCGCAGGGCCUGCAGUGUGUUUGAGCCAUGCGUCUCUCCUGGGAAUGACGUGGUGGCUUGAGUGCCUGCAGGCUCGGCGCUGCCUGAAACGGCAGCGUGGGGCUUGCGUCUGCCCACCGCCUCUUCCUACAGCUGAGGGGGAGGCAGUGGAGAGGGUCCAUGCAGCGAGCCCCACCCCCAGGACGUGCACACUGCACCGGGCACCCAAGCAGCUAGCUACGCCAUGGCCCAGGACAAUAACUUAUGAGACAAGAGCUGCUUCUACACCAGGCACUAAGUAUGGAAUCACCAUUCCUUGUUCACGGAUAGCUUAGAAGGCUCCACACAAAGCUGUCCUCCAUUUGCAAUCUGCCAAUGGUUUGCCAGUACAUCUUCCAUCUUUUUUCUUACUGCACAUAGUCUGGCUUGUUGGAGAAUGGUGGAAGUGCAGACCAUCUCCACAGGUAGAGGUGCUCUUCAGUCCUUUUAAAACAAGAAAUAUCUUCUUCCAGCUAGCUGCUUGAUGAAGGCUAGUGUGCCUACACAUGAUGGGAGCAGCAAAUGCACCAGCCUGCCACCUGCAAUGGCAAAACCAUUGAACCAUCGCACCAACUCAUGAACAAGUUCUUUACUGACCAUUAAAUGUUUGCAUCCUUUGAGAAAACUGAAGUGCUUGACAGAUGCAUUGCUUUCUCAGGUCACCCCCCACCAAUGCCAGAAGAAAGAAUGCUUCACACAAUACUCGUAUCUCAUCAUCUGCGGCUGACCUCAGCAGCUCCUCAGAAGAUGCCUCUGGAAAGCCAUCGUCCUCAAGCAGUGAGCAAAGUAAGUUAUGUUUACAUUAAAGUCAAUUUUCUGUUUUAUUGUCCUUCAGUUUUGUUCCAUAAUUCUUGCCAUGGCCCAACUAGAUCAGUGAAUGGUUCUCACAGGGCUGGAGUGGAGAGAAGGGCCGAGGAAAGACAACGACGCAUUUUUUUUUUAAAUUUUUUUUUUUAUAAAUGAUAUUUAUUCCAAAUUUAAAGUUACAAAAAAGAAAAAAGAAAAACCAUACAAAAUACAAAGAAAACUUUAGCCAUAACAAAGCAAAAGAUAAACGAGUAAAAAGAACAAUAAGAUAGAAUAAAAAAGAAAACUUAACAAAAAAUAUAAAAAUACAUUGAGUUGAAAUAAAACAAAAGCAGAUUAAACCUUUACAUAACCUUUUCCCUUUACUUAUUUCCAUGACCUCCUCUCACCUCCCAGUUUUGUAUUCUAGUUCAAAUCGUGUUUCCAGCAAAUCCCUCUAACCUUAUUUUCAUUUACGUAUUUUAAAAUUAAAAUCAUGUAAUUAAACCUCCUCUAUUUCGUCAGUUUCAUCAACUCAUUUUUGCUUAUUCCAUUAUGUCAUAUCUACCAAAACGACCUAAUAUUCUUUUUCCAACCUCCUUCUAACAUUCUUUUAUAUUGCAAUACUUUUGAAGAUAUAUUUUAAAUUUUUCCAAUCUUCUUCCAUCGACCCUUCUCCCUGGUCUCGAAUUCUGCCGGUCAUCUCAGCCAGUUCCAUGUAGUCCAUCACUUUCAUCUGCCAUUCUUCUCGGGUGGGCAAUUCUUGUGUCUUCCAGUACUUCCCGAUGAGUAUUCUUGCUGCUGUUGUAGCAUACAUAAAGAAAGUUCUAUCCUCCCUUCGCACCAAUUGGCCGACCAUGCCCAGAAGAAAGGCCUCUGGUUUCUUCAGAAAGGUAUAUUUAAAUACCUUUUUCAGUUCAUUAUAUAUCAUUUCCCAGAAAGCCUUAAUCCUUGGGCAUGUCCACCAAAGGUGAAAAAAUGUACCCUCCGUCUCUUUACAUUUCCAACAUUUACUGUCUGGCAAAUGAUAAAUUUUUGCUAGCUUGACUGGGGUUAAGUACCACCUGUAAAUCAUUUUCAUUAUAUUUUCUCUUAAGGCAUUACAAGCCGUAAAUUUCAUACCUGUGGUCCAUAACUGUUCCCAGUCAGCAAACAUAAUGUUAUGUCCAAAAUCUUGUGCCCAUUUGAUCAUAACAGAUUUAACCGUUUCAUCCUGUGUAUUCCAUUUCAACAGCAAGUUAUACAUUCUUGAUAAAUUCUUAGUUUUAGGAUCUAACAAUUCUGUUUCCAAUUUUGAUUUUUCCUCCUGGAAACCAAUCUUCUUAUCUAAAUUAUAAGCCUCCCUUAUUUGAUAGUAAUGAAGCCAGUCUCGAACUUUAGUUUUCAAUUUGUCAAAACUCUGCAGCUUUAGUCUAUCUCCAUCUUGUUCUAAAAUUUCACAAUAUUUUGGCCAAUUUUUCUCCAUAUUAGUUUUUUUCAGAGCCUUAGCCUCCAUUGGUGACAGCCACCUUGGUGUUUUAUUUUCCAACAAAUCCUUAUAUCUCACCCAGACAUUAAACAAUGCUUUCCUGACAAUAUGGUUCUUAAAGGCCUUAUGCGCUUUAACCUUGUCAUACCAUAAGUAUGCAUGCCAUCCAAAGACAUUGUUAAAACCUUCUAAGUCCAAAAUGUCCGUGUUUUCAAGAAGCAGCCAAUCUUUCAGCCAGCAAAAUGCGGCUGAUUCAUAGUAAAGUUUAAGGUCUGGCAGGGCAAAUCCACCUCUUUCUUUAGCAUCAGUUAAAAUCUUAAAUUUUAUUCUUGGCUUCUUGCCCUGCCAGACAAAUCUCGAAAUAUCUCUCUGCCAUUUCUUGAAACAGUCCAUCUUGUCCAAAAUCUGCAAUGUUUGAAACAAAAACAACAUCCUAGGCAAUACAUUCAUCUUUAUCGCAGCAAUUCGGCCCAGCAAUGAUAACUUCAAUUUUGACCAUAUUUCCAAAUCCUUUUUCACUUCUAUCCAACAUUUUUCAUAAUUAUCUUUAAAUAAAUUCACAUUUUUAGCAGUCAUGUGAACCCCUAGAUAUUUCACUUUCUUAACCAAUGUUAAGAAUUGGUUAACAUUGGUUGACAAUGACGCAUUUCAAGGACCACCCCGUCCAGAACCCAGCACCAGCCUGUGUGGUGGGGCCAGCCUGGCAUCACAACAGGUUUCCUGGAAGGGGCGGGGCUGAGGUUGGGCCUGCUUUCAUGCAGAGCCAGUCCAGGGCUCCUGUCCGUGCACCUGCGUGCCCUGGCCUCACUGUGGCCUUGCCCUGUCCAGGGAUCCGCAGCACCGCAAGUGCUCAGAGGGUGGCACCACCGCUGCGCCCAGACCCACAGACCAGGGCUGCCCAAACCCCAUGCUCUCCCUUCAGUGACUGGGGUCAAGGUGACCACUCUACCUUGGGAUUGCUAGUUUGAGGUGGGGGGCAACUUUGUAGUAUCAGGGAAAACCCUCUUCUCCAUGCAUUGGUAGACUUCAUUUAAAACUCUGGCGCCUUCUAACAGUAACAGCUUGGAUAUUAAGGAGGACAUAAAAGUUCAGAUUUAGCAGAACUUAUAGAUAUGAUUUCACACAUAAAAACAUAAAAAAUGAGAGAGGGUCAAACUGAGAGAUCAGUACUUUGACUGAGAGUCGGUAGGGCCACAAAAAUGCUUCUUGAGUCCAGCUUGUGGGCCACCAGCUGCCUGUCCCAAGUCCUAACUAGUCAUUUCGGGAGCCCCAGACUUCCUUUUCAGUCUCCUGGAUCCUCACUUCUUAGCCCUGUUUCUUGGAUGCUCCUUUCAGACCAUAGUGGAAAUAAGGUGGAGAACAAGGAUCAGCAGCUGAAAAUUUCUAAUGUCUACAUCAGACACCCUCACCCAACAUUUUACAAUUCUAUUUUUGUUUUGUUUUGUUUCCUAUCUUCAUAAAAGAUUUGAAAGCUAUCCAUAUCACCUCUCCCCCCAAACUAUUGUUAUAUUAUUAUAUUAUUUGGCUGAAAAAGUAACUUCAUACUGUCCUGGAAAGCUGUGUGUUUGUGGAAUCCCUGUCCAGAUUGCCUGAAAGACAGAAGGUGAUUAACUCUGGAGAAGCUGCCUAGAGGGUAGAUUCGCCACUGAAUCGCAACAGGGCAUCUCCUCUAUAAGAUUGCUGCAGCUUGCUGCAAUGAAAUUACCUCAAUCUGUAGAAGUCAGACUGAAUUCCCCUGAGUAGUGUAGGCACUGGCCAAAGUGAACAGUUUUCGUCAUGCCUUCUGACCUGUGAACUGUCCAGCAGCUGUUCUCUGCUUCCUUUAAGUCAGACGAGUCUUCCUGGCUGCUGCUCCCCAUUUCUUUGACUAUGUAAAGACAUCACAUUUUCCCAGUGAUUUACCCCUGUCUGUUACAGUGGUGCCGGCCCCAAUCCUCCUUCAUUAGCAAAGGGAAUUGGAUGUUGAAACCUUAAAACACAUUUGAGUUGCAUGCAUGAAUUGAAACUGUGGGCAAUGACAGUGCUCUCGUAUUGCCUACAUCACAGUGAAAAUAUGAGUUGCACACAGCUUUUGUUUCAAUCUGUUAUCCAGGUGGCAGCAAAUCCUCCCACAGUGACACGGAGAGUCUGGGAGGGAGUACUGAGGGCCAGUCCUUAGAGUCACCUGCCUCCAGCCCAGGUGAGAGGAAUGUAUGAAAUGUUGCAAAAUAAUAAACAUCCAUUAACACGAGGCCUUCAGGUUUUUCCACAUAACUUUGUUUUUCAGCACAUAUAAAUCUGCAUGCUUGGUUAUUUUUUUGCAAUGUGCCUCUUCUAUUAAGGGCAAACAAAUCACUUAAAAAUACCAGGUUUUAAUUUGUUUUUCAAAAGCGGGCUUUGAAUUUCAAAUAUGCCUUUUAAAAAACUGAAUGGCAAUUUAAUUUGUGCUUCCUUUGCAAUCCCUAAAUUAUCUUUUAAAAAUUGAAUUAAUGCAUUAAUACAUUCUGAAUUGGAGGCCCCAUGAAUGGUCUGGGAGGAAGUGAUGCCACAGAUUCACUGCAGCUAUGUAACUGUGGACCUGGAUGGAAAACCACCAGGAGUCUGCAGGAAGAGUGUGUUGUAAAUAAAAUACCCAUAAUAUUAAAACAAAAUUCUGAAUUGAUACUCUAAUUUCAUGUCAGCAGUAUCCAUAUCUAAAGGAAAAGAUAUUAAAGAGAGCACAGAUCUGCAAAUGUUGCCUGCAGAGACUGAUGUACAAGCCUGCAGCAUGCAGGCACUGGGAACCCAUUCUUAGUGUGGCCCCAUGUCCUGCUUUACAGAGGGCAAUUUGAAGGUCUAUGCAGCCCAAGUCCAACUGACAAAUAAAGAUCCAUAAGAAGGGAAAGCAGAGGCACUGAGUCUAUUUAUAUUAUAGCAAUUAUUUCUAAAUUUGCGUCUAUACGUAUAAAUUAGCAUCUGCAAAUUUUAUGCAUUUCCUUUGUCCUUUUGUUGGGGGGUGUGAUGCAUUUUCUGUUUUGGGGGUAGGCAAUGCUUUAAGCACCCACACUCUCCAUCCUUGAAACGUAAGCUAUAAAAAUAUAUGUUAAAAGAGCAGGCAGGAAAACAUGAGUGGUAUUUAGCUUCAUUUUACUCAGAGUAAUUAAUGGCCUCAGAUUAGUCAUGUUCAUUAGUUUCAGUGAAUCUACUAUGAUUAAAGCUUAGCUGAAUACCACCCCACGUCACAAUUGAUGUCUAUACAGAAUUGCAUAUCUUCUGUGUUCUGAACUUAGACAGUGCCAGAAACUUGGGGUGGAGUUCAGUGUCAUCUCUUGCAAACAAUGCCUCCCUGCAAGCUUGCCAGAUAAAGCUAUCUCCGCUCCUCCAUGCACUGUUUUGGGGGUUUUCCUGACACCCCAGCUGGGACCCAACUUUGGGGGUGGGGUGCGGGGGAGGAAGCGGAAAGCCCCUCUGCGGAGACCCUGACUCAGGGCUUCCUCUGACAGGGCUCCUUAGGUAAAUCUCACCCAUGGAAUUCCCACUUGUCUAUUUCAUCAUCAUCUUACAUAAGUUCUACAGUGUGAUUUUCUGUUUAAAACAUUCCUUAAGUUGCAAACAAUAAAAGCUUAAAUACUAGGUUAUUUGUGUAAAUUUGCUUUAAUUGAUGUUAGUGGCUUUGGACUUCUUUAGUAUGGAGAGGGAAAUCCAGGUAUAAACUUUAAUGUAAAUAAACAAAUCUGGACCAAUAAAAGUUUCUGAACUUUCUUCAAGGGUAGCCAUACAGUGCAUUGCAGUGGUCCCGUUGAGAGUUUGCCAGGGUAUGCUUGGUAGUGUCAACAUCACUCUUUCUCUCUAAGAAAUACGGUCAUGCCUCAGGUUACAGAUGCUUCAGGUUGCGUUUUUUUGGGUUAUGGACCCGCCAAAACCCGGAAGUACUGGAAUGGGUUACUUCCGGGUUGUGGCAGCUGCACAUGCGCAGAAGCGCCAAAUCACAACCCGCACAUGCGCAGACGCGCCGCUGCAGGUUGUGAGCGUGCAUCCCGCACAGAUCACAUUCGCAACCCGAGCGCCCACUGUAUGUUGAAGCUGAUAAGAAAGCUCUCCUGGUUGUAUCCAGGAGAAAGCCUGUACCCAGGAACUGUAAUGGAUGGGCAUUUUCGUUGGGUGGGAUGUACAAGGGCUUUUGCUUGUCCAACUGGCCUUCCCUCCGCUCUCCUCACUCCAUGUGCCCCCCCCUGCAAUUCACUCUGGGAGAGCAGGAGAACCCCAGAACAGAAGAGGGAUGUUUGUACAGACAGAACAUCUGUAAUAACUCAAUGCUGAAUUCUGCCAAUUAACUUUUCCAGUUCUAGAGCCAGUUGCCAUGAGCAUCUCUAUAUUUACCUUGAGAUAAGUAGCUGGAGCAUUAGGGAAAAAAACACUUCAAAUUGUUAAUAUUGCAGUGAAACAAAGAUGGUCUAAAUUUUCAACAAGGCUGUCUAUAGGUUAAACUGAAUCCAGUUCCUAAAACUGUAGAGCACUCUUUCCUUUUCAUAGCAGGAAUUUCUUUUUUCACAGAAGAAGCAUCCUAAGCAGAAUCCUGUGUGACUUUGAAUUUAACUGGUUUCUGGCUCUUAAGUGGCUUCCUUUUCUGUUUUUAAUCUGUUCUUCAUGUCUAGGCCACAAGAAGUUGUUCAAAGCUCCAUCCACAGGCACUGUGUCCUCCUCUGAGGACUGUGAAGGCAAAGAUUUAAUGCAAGCCAAUGACCAUGGUGAGAAACAAGCCACAGACUGGGGAAAUGAACGAGGGAGGGAGGGAAGAGUCCUAUAACUGCAAAUGCUAGACAAAUGGCAGAUCAUGAGGUUAAUCAGUUCUGGGCAUGUACAGCUUUAGACUGCAGGUGAAGACUGCAUGUUGAAUGUUCCCACAUAAAAGCAAAAAUGCCUCCCAGGAGAAAACCUACAUUUUGGGAAAAAUGAAGGGCUCGUGUCCUUUUUCUGAUGUAUAUUUUUCUACGGAAAGGUAAUAUGUUUCAUACAGGGGAGGGGGAAAUUUGAUCAUGUAAUGGUACUGUUCAGGAACGAUUUUACCACGUGAUCUCCUCUGCCAUGCCAGAAUUAAAGGGGCUUUAUGGAUGCUGGUCACAAUAGUCACAUGCCUGUGUGGACUCAAUAUCUGAAGAGGAUUGGAGGGACAAAUUGCAAGGUAGUAAUGUCUCUUGGCCUAAUCACAAUGAAAUCAACAGCAAAAAAGCAGAAUGGAAAGUCAACCCACAAGAAAUUUAACCACAUUUGAAUCACUUUCUUGACAUGAGGCAAGUGGAAAUGUGAGUGAACCCGCCGUGUGAGGGCCAGCCCAGGGUGGUGCUGCAUUUCCAUGUAUCUGGUUAAGAAGGGGCGAGGUUCCUGCUUUACCUUCUCCAGCUUUCCCAGCCCCCUGGCACUUGAAAGCCUUUUGAGCCUGAGUUUGAAGGAACCUUUCUUUGUGUAUUCUAGUCCUUCCCACGCUCUGCUAUCUGUUCUCUGUGUAGAAGGUGCAUGUUUAACUAUUAAUCUAGAAGCCAUGUCUGCAGUCUAACAGAGGACAAUAGUCACAUGCCUGACCCUCUUUUCAGAUCUCACUGAUGCUGCCUCUGAAAAUGGCUUGUCCCAUUACCACUUUAAGAACAUCAACCUGUCCAGUGCUGCUCAGACCCACCAUCUGCGGAAGCUGAGGGGCCCUUCAAAAUGCAGAGAAUGUGAGAACGUAGUGGUCAAAGGCGUAGAAUGUGAAGAGGUCAGUGAGCAUUAAAGGGAACUGCUUUGCUGCAACAAGAGGUUCAGAUCUCAGGCAGGCUGGCACUUGGGCGCUGGAAAGGGAGAGGCACACAAAUUGGCCCCAGCUUACAGCAUAAAGCCCUGAGGCAGAUUCUUAGACUUUUAAGUCUGGAAAUAAUUAGGAUUUUGGUUGCGAUCGUAUGUAUACAAGGGGAGAGGAAGUGGGGUGCGGGGGCUUUCGUCCACCCCGGGUGUCACCACUGAGGUGGGUGACAAAAUGCCAGGCAGCACUCACCGCGGGGCCUGCAGGGCGCCCGAGCCAUGUGUCUUUCCUGAGAGAGACGGGCUUGAGCGCCCGCAGGCUCCACACUGCCCAAAAGGUCCACCCGCUGCCCCCCCCCAGCUGCAGGGCGGCUGAGUGGGAGGAGGCAGGCAGACUCCAGAGGCCCCACAGUGCGCCCUGCCCUUGCCUCGCCCUUGGGCACGCCACCCCAGGCGCCCAAGCGGCUUCUUCCGCCACUGUAUGUAUACUUAGCACUACUUCUGUGUGAACAUAAAUAGGAUGCUGCUGUAAAUCUACUAAUCUAGUUCCGUAUUUUGCCCUGAGACAGACUGUCCUGAACAUUUGCCAUAUCCUCACACACUCAACUUGUGUGAAGUUAACUCCACUUGAUGAAUGUUUUUCAAUGAGAUUUGAUUGCAAAUGUGAAUGAGACAUGUAAAAGAAGAUGGAGUUUGUGCUCUGACUCCCUCUGUGUCUGGAUGUGGAACCUGGAAAAGAGAAUGAAGCACAAAUGGAAAUGCUUUUCCUCUGCUGUUGGUGCAUUACACCUGCCUCAGAGUACUGAGAUGUGAGAAAUUAGCAAGGGGUCCCUUUGGGGCUAGGAAAGAGUUCAGCCAGAGUAACACGGGAUCUUUGGGCCAUUUGCAGUGCUACCUGACCUGUCACAAGAAAUGCCUGGAGAGCCUCCUCAUCAGCUGUGGUCACCAGAAACUGCCGGCACGGGCAUCGCUCUUUGGGAUCGACUUCCUUCAAGUGUCACGGGAUUUCCCAGAAGAAGUGCCGUUCAUUGUGGCAAAGUGUACCUUGGAAAUAGAAAGGCGUGCCCUGGGAGUGCAGGUAACUUGUCCCUGCAUGCAGAAAUCCAUCAGUGCUCAAACUCCAUACCUCUCAGAACCCAGAGUGAGCAGCAAAACACAGAGACAUAAACAUAUGUCUGCUGCCCAAACACAAAGGCUGAAUUAAUUGAGUAACUAUUAGACUAUGAUUGGCUCAUUUGUAUUCCUCAGUUCUGUGCAAGUGCAGCAAACCAGAGCAAAAAAAAUUCUAGACAUUAAUCCUAAAGAAAUGUGUGAGUCAUGCCUGGUGAAAUCCCACAAAUAAGCAGGGACCAGAACAGGAUUUCUGGUGAAGAAUUGAGCUUUUCUGCUGGUGCAGAAUUUUAUAUCCGCCAUUCUCCUAUCACAGUAAGAAGGAGAUAGUGGUGGGAGUUCCCAGUUAUUGGGAAUUUUUAAGGUGAUGAACAGCCUCACCUCUAAUGAGGAGCAGACUGUGCUGUGGCAGGAUCUAGGUGCUUACCUAUGAAGAAAAGACAGGUUGUCUGCUUCUUUGCGUGUCUGUAUUGCAGCAGUUCAGGGAAGGUGCAGAAAGUGGAGGGUGGAAACAGCAGAGAGUUGUGAGGCAUCCCUAGACUCUUUCUUUCACUCUGCGCGGUAGCCCUAACUUCCUGGUGAGCUAAGGCGUCUGCUUAUGGCCUUCAAGAGCUGCCUCAGAGUUUCAGUCCAUGUGGAUUUCCCAGUUUCAUGUGCUAGCAGUCCAGUCUCGUGCACACACACCUCCGCCUCCCUGCUGAGUCAGAGAGAAAUCCCAGGUCCCUUUCCGACACAUACAUCAUGUGUGGUGGCCUCAGGCCCAGUCUCUUUUUUGUCCUUGACGCAGGGCAUUUACCGCAUCAGUGGAGCCAAAUCACGGGUGGAGAGGCUGUGUCAGGCCUUUGAGAGUGGCUGGAGGCUGGUGGAGCUCUCGGAUCAUUCACCCCAUGACAUCACUGGAGUCCUUAAACAUUUCCUUAAGGAGGUAAGAAAUGGAGGGGGAGACAUCCUUAGAAUUUCAUUUCUCUAAACCUGAGAGUGGUUUCCCAAAUUUUAUGUCUUUAGCAGACUCUGGGAACUCAUCAAGCUACACAUCCCCAACCUUUUUCGGGUGUGUGUGCUAUUUUAUCUAAAGGUGGAAACAAAUGUAAUAUAAAAAAAUAAACAUGCAACUGGGUUCAAUCUGUUGGGAAAUAACUGGUGAAUACCAAUUAAUCCUGAAGUCCCAGAUGUUUGUGGAACUACAAAGAAAAACAGCUGACUGCAUUAAUUCAGAAAUAGGGUAUGGGGCUUGACUUCAGCCAAAGCAGCCCCCAGCAGAGUUUAAAACACAGAUCUAGACUGCGUUUACAAAGCAUGGGAAAUAUAGGUUGUUAGACUUUUAAAUGUCCCAAUAUGAGUGCUUACAGUUCUCCCCUGCCUCUGCCCCUCUUGAGCUUAAUAGACCACAACUUUUAGUAAGUUUAAAUGCUUUAUUUCAGUCAUCACAGGUCUCACUCAUGCGUUGUUCAAUACUACAGCAGAAACAACACAAGUAAGGUAUUAUUGCUUACAAAAUACAGAAGUGAUUCUCAAACAUGUGGACUGAGUCUGAAGUCCCAGGCUCAGACAUCUGCUCAACUUACAUGGUUCAAAGGGAGAGGGGAAGGAAUAUGAAACCUUUAGUUCCUCCCUCCUUGGAGGAAAGGGGAUGUGACAUCACAGAGUCUACUCUAGUAAUUUUGAACUCUGUAGUCCUUAACCCCUUCACAUACUAACUAGCACAGGUAUGCAUUGUUAGGUUUGACUACAAAACUCCCACACACUCUACAUUAAAGGUAAAGGGACCCCUGACCAUUAGGUCCAGUUGUGGCCAACUCUGGGGUUGUGGCGCUCAUCUCGCUUUAUUGGCCGAGGGAGCCGGCGUACAGCUUCUGGGUCAUGUGGCCAGCAUGACUAAGCCGCUUCUGGCGAACCAGAGCAGCACACGGAAACGCCGUUUACCUUCCCGCCGAAGCGGUACCUAUUUAUCUACUUGCAGUUUGACGUGCUUUCGAACUGCUAGGUUGGCAGGAGCGGGGACCGAGCAACGGGAGCUCACCCCGUCGUGGGAAUUCGAACUGCCGACCUUCUGAUCGGCAAGUCCUAGACACUCUACAUUAGUCUUGUUUAUUGUGGCAUUGCUGCUCCUUCUUGCUUGCUCAUGAGUUGCACAGCACAUGCCCCACUCUGUAGUUAUUCUGCUCCUUCUGUUCCUUUAUUCCCUGAUAUUUCUAACUAGUUUUAUUAUGUAUUUUUAUUUAUUGCGUAUGUGCACAGUAACCCUUAAUUCAGGGGUCACCAGGAUCCUCAGCUUUCACUGAAAUUAGGCUUGAAAGAAGCAUUCUGUUGUAGCCAGUAGAAUAGGUUGUGGUGUGUGCUUAGUAGAAAUGGGCAACAUGGGCAAUUUCGGUUUCACAUUUUUCCAACAUUCAGUUCUCCACAAUUCCACAUCUCUUUGCAUUUUUUUUUUAAUUUAGUCUUCAUAAAAAUCAUAAGUGUUUUAGGGCAAACUUCUCAUAUGCAUGUGCUUGUAUACCAUCUUACUUCUACUAUGCACAUUUCCCCCCAGAGCUGUGCUGUUUCCUGUAAUAUAAUGCAUUUUUGCAUGUGAUUUUCUCUAAUAUAGGCAGUUUUGUGCACAUUUUUCUCAACUACAUGUAUUUUUGUGCACAUUGCUGGGCUGGAGAACUGGGCUGCUAAUUACAGAAAAGUGUGAAUUUUGAAGCAUGGCUCUGUUCCAGUACCUGCAUUUUUUCACAGUGUGUGAAUUAGGUAUCUUCUUCUUUAAAUGCAAACUGAAUCAAUUUCCCUUCCCAUCUCUAGGGUUUGGUUGAAGUGUUUGUGCAUGUGGGUGUGGGUUUAUGGUGACCAAAACAAUUUUCAAAUGGCCCCCCAAAAUGUCGGUGACCCCUGCCUGGAGUAGUUAGGGCAUCCCAUGACUGCCCAUGGUUCUGUUGCAUCUGCUCUGCUCUCUAUUUUCCCUUGUUCUUUGUAUUGUUGAAAGCAGCUGUAGGCUCUCCAGAUGCUAUGGUAGAUCUGUGGCUGAGGGAGGAAGGCUCUUCUCCUGGGAGACCAGCAUUUUUUACAAGAUUGUGAUGAUCAAUUAAUUAUUUUCUAUCUCGCUCUUCCAAAGGAGCCCAGGACAGCAAACGAUGACACAAUAAAACAAUACAAUUAAAAUAAAAGGAAGGUAUAUUUGAAAACAAGAGCUUUUACCUUUACCUUCUGCUGGAAGUGGUUCGCUCAUUUCUCUGAAAACGUUUGCAAUCGCAUGUAAAGGGGGGGUUUUCUAAAUCUUCUCCUCCCUUCUUCUUACAGCUUUCCAGUCCUGUGCUCCCGUACGAGCUAUAUGAUGAUUUCAUGGCUCUCUCCAGGAGCGUGCAGAGAAUGGAAUACAGAACAGGGGCUGAUGCCAAGACCUUGGCAGAUCCCAUCAAGAGUACAAAGGAUUUACUGCGCAAACUGCUACCAACAAAUUAUAACACAUUACGGCACCUCAUUGCUCACCUCUACAGGUAACAUGGAGACCAGCAGUGACUCCUGAGCUCUUUACUUGUAGGAAUAAGGGCCGCUUUGGAUGCUCUUUGCAGAGCUCUAAAGUGGGGUAUAAAUAUCCUUAACUCUUAACAGUAUCCAGUUUCAAUACAGAUCCAUUGGUCCACACCUCUGUUUGCCCUGCCACUUUCCCCUGGGAAAACCUGCUGUUUCCUUCUGAAAUGGACCAAAUGGCAACUGGGUUUUCUGCAGAUUGCCAUUUGUUCCAAUUCAGCAAUAAAGAGUGUUUUGCAGGGGAAAGCUGCAGGGCAAACACAAAGCCACUCAUACCUAGAAAGCCCAGGGCCCUAUGAAGCAGUGUGCGCCCACCCACCCCAGGUCUCAUUGGGGCUCCCUACGCCACUGCCUGUGUUUAUCUGCAUGAUACUUGGGUGUCCUGCUUUCUCCCAAGGGCUCAGGCUACCAGUAGAACAUAUAAAACCAGGGGCAAAGCUAGACUUUAUUUCACACAAGUCAGACCCAGUUUGACACCCCAUGUGCAUUUAUGUUCACACACAUGUAGACUGGGAGCCUCAAUGGCGCCCCUCUGGAGGCUUCACCCAGGGCAAAAAACCUAGCUAGCCCCCACCCCCGAAGCUAUAGUGCUGUAUGAAAUUCAUGUUUUCCAUCCCCAGAUGCUUUUAAAAUGGUAUCUGAUCAAGAAUUCAAAAAUUGAGAAUAGCUUCCACAAGCCACAAAAACUUGUUUGCAUCUUCCUUAAGGGCAGAGCUGCGCAUUGAUGCAAACAUAUGUCACACAACCUUAGUGGCAUCUUCUUCUAGGGAAAUGGUGGUCAACCUGAAUCCAGUGAUCCUUGAAGUUCCUCAGAAGCUUCCCCAGGGUUGCUCUAUAAGAAGAUCAGUCAUGGAAUAGGAUUCAGACCACUUAGUCCAUUCAUGUGAGAUCCAGUCAGCCCCAAACCUCAUACAAAAACCUCUCCAUCUUGCUAAAGUUCUGCAACUAAUGAUUUGGGCAUUCUUAUGCAGGGAGAUUCACAGCUCAGUUGCAGAACCAUGGGCAUAGCCAAGGGGGGCUCAACAACUUUGACUGCCCCCACAACAAAAAUCCUGGCUAGGCUCACGUGCAGAACGCAUGUUUUGCAAACAGGAGGUGCCACAUUCAAUCCCCAGCAUCUCUAGUUCAAACAAUUGGGGAGCAGAUGAUGGAAAAGAUCUCUGCCUGGAGCCCUGGAGAGCUGCUGCCAGUCAAAGUAGACAAUAUUAGGCUAGAUGGACAAAUAAUCUGACUAUGUAUAAGGAAGAUUCCCGUGUUUCUACAAAACAAGAUUGUAAAGAGAAGAGGGUAACUCCAGAGUAAAUCCUUGCAAGGUGAGGGGAACCUCAGGUGAUAGGUUAGCACAACUACUUUUGCACCAAUAGUAUAAAGCUAUAAUGGUUAUUCACGUUUUAUGUAGGGUCUAGGCUCUUCCCUCAAGGUAGCACUCCUGAAGGGGUAUUGUAUUUUUCCAGUACUCAAGCAGCAAUAGUAUACUGCUGGGAAAAUGUGAUCCCUUCUCUGACAUUAUCAGCAUUGCUGUACCAUGUGGAAUGCAGUUGCCUAAGUGUCACAGCCCCUAUUGAAUGGUACCAGUGAUGAAGGACCCAUCCCAUGCACACCAACCAUGGAGAUGCUUCUCAGAAUGAAGUGGAGAAGCCCUGAAUCCACAAAGUCACAAAAUGAAAAUGACUACCUACCUUACUGAAAAUGUAGCCUAAGCACCUCAGUGUCUCCCAUUUCUGGAAAAUGUUUAGGUUCAGACCUUUGAUGAUUCAUUCUCUCUCCUCCCCCCCUCAAGAGUGGCUGAGAGAUAUGAGGAUAACAAGAUGUCUCCCAACAACCUGGGGAUCAUAUUUGGGCCCACACUAAUCCACCCUCCCUUGAGCAAUGAAGUUUCCAUGUCGUGCCUCGUGGACUCAGGGUACCAGUCCCAGCUGAUUGAGUUUCUCAUCCUCAACUACGAAAGGAUUUUUGGGAUGGAUGACCUGCCUCCAUCUGGGCUUUGUGAACGUGAAAACUCUUUGAAAGAAGCAAUUACCAAUGAAGCUCUUUCAAGCAGUGAAAGAGAUGUUGAUGCACCUUCUGAGGUAGGAGUGGGGGCGGUAUUCCCAAGCACAUGCUUUUUUAUUUUUUAUUUUUUGAGACAUAUCAAGCUGUUACUAGUCAAGGUUGAUGGUACUAGGUAAUGUGGACCAUUUCUGAUUUACUAUAAGAGCUGAGCUGUGGAAGAAUCACAUGAUAGUUUUGUUUUGGACUGAACCCCUUUUUGCUACAGGUAAAGGAAUUGCAUGUUUGAGUCACAUAUGCACGACCUUUUGCACAUGAAAACCUAACAUGUCAAGGGAAAAAUUAGCCUAGAACUCUUCUUCUAAGCUUUAUAUAUGCAAGCAGUGUUUUAUGGGAGAAAAUUCAAAAUGCAGUCCCUGAUCUGUAGUUACUGUAAUCUGUAGUUACUGGGCAUACAAGGAUCCCUCAUUUCUCAUAUUCUGUUGCCUCCAUCUUUUCUUCUGAGCUUGUCAGUCUGCAUGUGGUUGACCUCUGUGGUGCAAACUGCGAUGGAGACACCAAUGUUCUACAUUUUACAAGGAUCUCAAUUUUAAAAAAUAAAUUGCCAAGCAGUGUAUGGGGGUGGGGGGAGCGAAAUUUUGCCAACAUUUCAACUUUAUCAGAAUAGAUCCAUUUUUUGACAUUUCAAAACCACAUAAUACGACAAAUGGCAGUGACCAGUUUCAAAUUCUGAAAACAAAAUGUGAGCAAAAUGGAUGUUUCAACAGGGAACAUUCUGAAACAAAAAUAUUUAUAAAAUAAUGAAAAUACCCCCCCACACACAUUUUUUAAAAAAUGUGGCACUUGAAUUUAAAACUUUUAAAUGAAAUUCUGUAAUUAAAUGAUUAUAUACACACACAGUAAUGGGAUUCUUUCCCUCUGACUCUGAUUCUAACUUUUUGAAAGUCCUUUUGCAAGUUUGCUUUUCUUGCAGCAGCCACACCUUCAUACAGGUGUGGCUAUAUGGGGAGCUCAAUACACAGAUUCACAAACAUGGCUUUUCCUUCCAACAGAAGUCCUCCUCUAAGCCAUAUCUGGAUGAAGACAAUAGCACUGCUGUGGAUUCUGCCAGGCAGAAGCAGUGUAUGGAGCAAACCCACUUUCCUGAAAGUGGGGAAACCAUAGGUAAAGUUCUUUCCUAGAUCCUGAUCAGGCAUUUAAAGAAUAUUGGUUCCUAUUUUGGGGAGAGAAUAUUGUAUUCUUCAGGUUCAACAGUGCCCCACUCUUCCUCCAAACCAUUAAGAUCCACAAUGUCUCCCUCAUAACUUCCAGACACCCUGUCUCUCUAGAUAAUGUUUCUAUAUCAACAUUUUGAGAAGCCACUGCAUUCUAAAUUUUGCCUGCUCUAGUAUUAGAAUGGCCAAACCCAAAUGAUAUAUCUCGAUAUAAUAAGAAAGGUAUGACCCCCCAUAGGAGGAUUUGGUUGACCUCUGUGGUGCAAACUGCGAUGGAGACACCAAUGUUCUACAUUUUACAAGGAUCAUUUUACAAGGAUACAUUUUACACAUCACUCCUGGUUUGGCGUGAAGUCAUGGUGCUGUGGGGGUGCAAAAGUGAAGGCAGGUUGCGCAACAGCAGCGGUCAUGGCAUAGGAGUGGGAAGGGAGAGACAGUGAGAGGGGGAAAGUGGUUAAAGAAAUGGCAGACAUUUGAGUAAAGCAGAGAUAGAGAGAACUGAAAGAAAAAUGGUGAUUUUAAACCACAGCAGAGGUUUGACUAAAGGACCUUCAUCGUCAAAACAUUGUAUGAAAGUACUAUGGAGUAUUUUAGAGCAUUGCAUAUUUUAUAUCUCUCACAUGAGGCAGCUAAGGAAUUGGAAAGGGAGAAGUUUGAGUACUGGAGAUACAGGGAGAUACACCGAAAGCAGGGGGAAGGGACUGUUCUAAACAAGGACAGAAGUUUUGAGUAAAGGGAGAUAAAGAGACACUGAGAGGAAAAUUGCAGUUUUAAACAAUGGCAGAGAAAUGAGUGAAACAGGACUGUAAAGUCAAACAGAGAGGAAAAAAGUGGUUGUUUUAAACAAUGGCAGAGGUUUCAAUAAAGCAGGGAUGGAGGAACACUGGUGAUUUUAAAUAAUGGCAGAGGUUUGAAUAGAGCAGGCACAAGUGACACGGGGGGGAUGGCAGUUUAAAACAAGGUUUGAGUACAGCAAGAAGGAAGUUUAGAAAGGCUCUGUUGUGUUAGCUUCUGUGUUGCAUCCAUCUCUGCUAUUUUUCCAUCAUAAAACUAGAUUUUAUUUUGUUUUUUUAAAAAAACAACAACUCCUUGUCCCAUCAUUCCUGCUUUAUUUAAAUCUCUGCCAUGGAUUAAAACCACCAUUUUCCUCCCAGUGUCUCUCCACCUCAACUCCAGUGCUUGGGGAAGCCCAACAAAGGAAGUGAUCAAAGAGGAGCUUUCCUUGUCAUUAACUUUUAAUAAGCAUUGCUUUGGGACAUCUUUCAAGUUAAGAUUUGUUGCUUCCUGGGGUGAUACAUUCAAUAGGUUGUCUGCUUCCCUAAUUCUCCAUAAUGUCUCUUCUCCUCACUCAGAGUUGAACAGCAGUGAUGGCACCAAACAGAAUGACGCUAUACUUGACCCUGAAGCUGCCAAUGUCAGCCCACAGAACAGGGGGCGCUUCAGCCGGAUGCCUGUGAAGCACCCUCGCACUGUCACCCCCAAAGUGUCCAGUCUGCCCCUGCUGGCUGCUACCAUGGCUGGCUCAGAGGCAGGAGGCCGUCUCCUGGAGCAAGGUACAAACAGCCGCAGCAACUCGCCAGACACUCGAGGGCAGCGCAAGCACUUUGAGAUCACUCCGGAGACUGCCAGGAUUGUCUCCAAGUUCCAGACUCAGAAUGGGAGCCAAGACUGCUGUCCUGCAGGGCUGGAAAACCCACUGGAGGGAGAGCCUGUGGAUGCAAUGGGAGGAAGCAGGACUGAAUCUUGAGCCUUAAAUGUUUUUGUUUUAAUUUUUUAGGAAGCAAACCAGACAAAGGGCUUGAAUUCCAGUUCCAGGAACAAUUUGGAAUAACUAGACCCUAACUUUGCAAAAGCAGGAAAAACUGCUGUUCACCUAAGAGUACACUUGAGAACUGGGGAAGAAACAGCCCUGGGUGUAUCUCACAGAAACCUAGGAGGGAUGAUGCCCCCUCCAGAUUUAACUGUUGCAUUUCUUGCUUUGCAAUGCCUUUGCAAUGGAGGCAACAAGCCAGUGCGGAGCUGCUGGGUUGCUGUAAGCUACAAAGCCAUUGGUGCAGUCUCUCGAAAUGGGGCUGAUGCUGAAGGGCGACUUCCAGGGGGCAGCCAGGAGCAUUUGGUGGGAGGAAGAGUCAAGGGCAGAGCCUAAGGCAUAGCAGGAUGUUGCUUGAGGUCCCAGGGGAGUCGUUUGUCAGCAUGGGGUGGCUGUUUUUCCAGGGGUCGUGCUGGGGAUAAAACACAUUUGGGAUGUUUGGGGGCAGGGCAUGACUGUUCAAGUAAAAUCCAGGGUGGUUCAGGGGUGGUUUUUCCACCUGGGCUGGGUAUGGUUUGAAAAGGUGAUGACAUUACGCUGAGACUACAGGAUGGGGGGCUCAACUGCCACGUGCAGGGCUAUAUUCGGCAGGUUUAAAGAUACCAAAAUAUUGAGAAAGGUGAGUUCCGUGACCUAUAUAAAUUUUGCAAAUUAAGCAAAGUUUCAUAACUUCUCUUACUUUGCAUACUUCUAUUAUUUUUAUUUCUUACUUUAGUGCAUUAUUCUACUGCUGCUGUUCAUACCGAGGGGGCAGUGGAGCCCCACUGCCUGAGCUUUGAAAAUCUUGUAACAGCCACCUCUCUUGCUUCUGAGCUUUCAGGGGGUAUUGCCCAAAAAAUUCAAACACAUCUUUGCAGUCUUCAGAGCUACAAACUGUUUUUGUUCUGUUUUUUUUUUUUGUUUUUUUUUUUUUACAAAAGAGAACAGAUUCUCAGGAAGC